AUGACGUGGCAGUUUAACCAAUGGUUAACAGUUGUUGGCAACCAUGUACGAAAUGCAUACCGUGCCCUAUGACCGUAAAAUGGCUGGUCCCCGUUCAUACAAAAUAAAAUAACCAUCAUAAUACAUUGAUAACCACAUAUUCGAAUAAUAUUCUCUUUAUUAUAACCGCAAUAGCUGCACGAUACUAAUUAAUUUUUAACUUCAUAAAGUUUGUAAAUUAAAAUUUUAGUGUAUUAGUUGUUUUGUAAUUCAUUAAAAACCGUUUUGAAGUAAGUAAUUUUUUUAUUUUCAGUAUCAUUUGACUAAUGCUAUAGAUACAGCGGUUACAGUUAAAACAUAAUUAAGGUGAGUUUAGACAGAUGUUUGUUAGUAUUUAUAAAUUAAUGGAUACGAUCGGUUUCAGUGAUCCACAUGAUUUACAUUUAAUUAAAAUCGGUUUUUGAAUUUAACUAAAAUUGGCGCUUGAUAUGUGGUAUACCCAGUGACCUGGUUCGGUAGGACAUGAUCUUUGGUUCUGUUUACCAGAAAAUGUCUUGUAACCACCGUACAACACAACUGUGGUUAUGGGUUACACGAUAGAUAUCAUUACGGGUACCAAUGUCGGUUUCGAAUUUGUUUGAACAUGAAACGUCUAAUCAUUUUUAGCAUAGAAAAACUGAUUUGCUGAAAUUAGUGAAACAUAACUAAAUUUAAUUUGUAUGAUAUUCGUUUUAUUGAUUGUACAUCUGCCUACAUUUAGUAUUUUUAUAAUAUACAGAUAUGAAAAUGUUUCGGAAAUCAUUACUGCCAACGCGUUUAAAUGAUGUAUUUUAAUAGAUAGAUUAAAUAAGCUAUCUAGUAAUUCGAAACCGAACACGAAUUUAAAUUGAAUUAAAUAGGUGAUUGGUUUCCCUAAAUUAAUUAAUUUCAACUAUUGUAAUUUUGACUAACAUAGGUAUAAAUUUAAUAAUUUCUAGAAGUAUAUAAAUAUUUAAUCAACAAUCAUUGUUUUGAUUUAUACAUUUUCUUUAUACUUGUCCCAAAUAUUUAUUUCAACGAUUAAAUAACAAAUCAAAACUAUUUUAUUACAUUCAGUAACAUUUACUGUUUUUUACAGUUAUUAAUUUGUUUUUAGUAUUUACCCAUAUAAUUUACAUUUCACUUAUGUGAAUGUAAUUUCAUAUUAUUCAACAUUAGAAUAGUUAACUUCUACAAUACUUUUAAAAUAAAUAUUUGUUCAAAUGUUUAAGAAUUAUGUUCACAUGAAAAAUAUAAUUUAUACACAUUAUACUGUUCAUGCUUAACAAUAUAAAAAUUAACACUUAUUUGAAGAUUGUGUAACCAUAUUUUGCUUUUUUUUUAAUGAAUUGUUUGUGUAUACGAGUGUCAAAAGUAUGUGUGAGAUUUUUGACACUCGUGUACACUCAGAGAUUUUUGACACUCAUAUACACUUAGAGAUUUUUGGGGUUAGAAUUUGUGUUUAUCAAGGUUUGGCAUUCAAGUAGCUACCUGUAUUCUUAUCCCUCCUACAGGGAUAUUACAUUUGUAUAUUUUCAAAAUUAAAUUAUAAGUCAACCGACAUGUUUUAUUAUUAAUGGGUAAUAUGUUAUAUGUUAUUCAAUUUUAUCUGAAAAAAAAAAAAGGAAAUAAAUAUAUUUAUUUAAUGCUCCUAUUGUUAAAUGUAUGUACCAAUUUUUGAAAUUCACCUAUUCACCAAUUAAUAUACAAUAUAUUAGUUAUUUUGAGUUAUAAUUGAUUUUUUUUUUUUUUUUAAUAGAUUUAAAAUACUGCCUUCAUACCUACCUACCAGGUAUUUAAAUAUUCAGCCAAACAAAAUUUCACUGCAGAUUCAAUUUAUGGGUACGUAACAUAUUAUGGUGUAAAUCAGUGGUCUUCAACCGAUGGAUCGUGAUCUAUUUUCGGGUCGCGUAAGCUUAAAAAUUGGGUUAUGAUAAGUUUUCUUUUUAAAUUAAAAAUUAAGUUUAUACAAUUAUAUAAGGUAUACAAAUAAUUGUUUAAUUAUUAAACUCAGAAAAUUAAUAAAUGAAAAUACAGUUUGAAAAUUAUUGUAAUAUAUUAUGUAUAAACAAUAUUAUAUCAUUUAUUUUCAAAAAUAUAAUAGUAUAAUGGAUUUCAAAUCACAGUAUAUGUUUCAUAUACUGGUAUGAUUCUAUGUAGUAUGACAUUAAAUAUAAUAAUUUACGAGUAAACCGGGCAAAUAAUAAAAUAAAUAUAUUAUAUUAUUAUCGUUAAAGAGUCCCAUAAUCUACGAACUUUGUCGAUGUUGUCGCUGUGUUUAAAGACGAAUAAAUGUUAGUCGCGUUAUUAUUGUAGUCAUAUUUACAGUUAUGUUGAAAAGUUUUUUUUUAUUUUUAUUUAUUCAGUUAUAACAGUACUACUACAAAAUAUUAAGUAAUUUUAGAUUUUUAUUUUUUUAUUUUUUUACAAACAUUUUUCUUUAUGUAUGCCUUAUGUGGGUCGCGAAUAAUGUACGCCUAAAAAAGUGGAUUGUGAGUCCAAAAAAGUUGAAGACCACUGUUGUAAAUGAAUUCAUAAGAUACUUAUACUGGCUAUACUUGUCGUAAAAAAUGAUUAAUUAAGUUAGGCAUGAGACCCUCGUUAACUUUUUUCUGAGGUCUUCCGAAUAUAUAUAAUGGUAUUUAAAAUUAUUAUUUUUAAACUGUAAUAAAUAAAAGUAUUAAUUUUAUGCUUUUGAAAUGGUUACUAUUACAUAUAUUGAAUACUAUUAGAUUAUGACAAAUAGUCUAGUUAUGGUUUCUAGUGCAGUUCGUUUUGAAACAUACCAACAUGCAGACAUCGUUUAACAACUUAUAAUAAUAAUAAUAAUAAUAGGUUUAUUUUGCAAUAUACAAAAAUAUUCAAUUAUUUAUUCUUUAAUUACAGGUAAAAUUCAAUUUCAAAAUAAUUCCACUCCUACUAUAAGUAUGACUUGACGAUUUGUAUUGGAGGUGUAGUUCUUAAACUAAAGUUAUACAUUACAAUGUAAAAUAGUUAAUGUGGUUUAUAAUAGAAAACAGUUUAAUAAAUAGGUAAUAGGUAAUAGGUAGUAAUAAUAAUACAGCAAGUAAAUGACAUUAAUGGUUAGUUAAUAAAAUAAUAAUUUUAAAGUUUAAAUUUUAAGAAUAUCAACAUCAAAUAUGAAAGUGGAUAUGAACAAAUUAGCGUAAAAUAGUCAACCUCAAAAAUCAUAUUAUAAAUGAGUGGGGGAGUUCAUAAUAAAUUCACAAUAAAAUCAAUAUUAUCAAUAUCAUCAAUAUUUAUAAAAAAAUAUUAAAUUUAUAUAAAUCAAUUACACAACUAUUAAUUUUCCGGGGGGGAAGGUGAAUUCCAAACCCUCCCCCCCUUGUAUACGUGUCUGUUUAUAUUUUUAUUUCACUCAAGAAUUGAUUUUUUUUAAUUCUCUCUACAUGUGUAUUUUAUUCAAAAUUAAUUAACAAUGAAAAUUAAGCAAUGAAACUCAUGAUUUUGAUAACCAUAAAUAUAUUAGUAUUUAAAACUGAUAGAAAUAUGGCCCGUGUAAGUUAGAAGGUUGCCUACCAUUGAUGUAAUUGAUUUCAUACACAAGUUACGUAAUUAGAAAAAUAAGACUCCAUUUAUUAAAUGUAAUGCAAUAUGAAUUCAAAACUGGAUUACUAUUUUUUGUUUUAAAUACCCCGACUAAGAAUGAUUAUUUUCCCAACAAUUAUCUUCUGAAUCUCCCAAUUUUUGACGAUCACAGAUAAUAUGUGUUAAAUCUCAAAUCUCAAUCGCUUAUCAAAUUCUUUUCCAAUAUCCUUAUAAGUAAAAUUGACCCAUCUAGAUACACUUAUGUUUUUUUUUUUUUAUUUCUAAGAAAAACAAUAAUUUACUAUGUAAAGAUUACAUAGGUUAGUAAUAAUGUUUCUUUAAAAUGUGUUAUAAUAUAUUUUAAGUGUGAACAUCAUUUAACUAUUACAAAAUAAAAUGUAUUAUAUUUUCAUGUAGGUUUUUAUAUUUUGUAAUGAUAAUUUCAUUUUUAAAGUUAAACAAAGAAGAACAAAUUAAUACAUAAUAUUCUUAUGUUCAGUAGAUUUUUUUAUACCUUUGGUAGGUAGAUUUGGUGUUAUAGGUCUAUUCUGAAUAUGCAGAAUGUGUAUCUAUCUAUUACCCCUCAUAGUUUAUUUUUAUAAUUUCCAUUGCAUACAAUUAUUCCAAGUUUUAAACAAAUUAUGGAAAUAUUUAAAACCUUAGGUGGGUCACUGUUUUAAAUAGACUGUGAAGUUACCUAACUUUACUGUUUUUUAUUCGUGUUUAUUAUCAUAAGUGGGUGUAAAUUGUCGUCAAUAAAAAAUUAAUGUGAAAUCCAAACAGAAUGAUGCAACAUAAUUUAAACUAUUUUUUUAAAAUUUAAUUCAUAAUGAAUUGUAAACUUUUUAAACAAUUGAUGUAAAGAAUUAAAAUGUAUAACUUAUGUCGAAAAAUAGGUACCUACAAUUUUUAUUUAUUAGCUAUACACAACAUCUCUAAGAAAUGUGUACCUAAGCGGGGCGGUAGGUAGGUGAUUAUAUUAUUAUAUUAUUCAGGUACUUGUAUAAUAUUAAUUUUAAUCGUGUCAAAUUAAAUUUAAUAUUACACUUUAAACAGAAAACUCAAGAACUGGGCAAUAAAGAUAAUGACAAUAGUGUAAUCAGAGAAUUGUUAACGUUUCAGAUUGAACCGCCAUCAUACGCCAAAUGAAGAAUUGUUUUUACACAUAGAUGGCGAUAGACGAUAUACGGGAACGAUAGCGGCACAUAGAUUGCAGCAUGUAUCACGAUUCCGCCUUCGGAAUGCUAAAUAAAAUUGUUUAAUUUUUACCGUGAGUUGUUUUCAAACGUUACUUUACUAUUAUUUGAUGUUCGACUAGGUCUCGCGAUUAUUGUACGUUCCUCGACCCGAUAUUGUAUUUAUAUUAUUUUUAUCUUGUACGGAUUUUAACGUUGAACGCCGUAAAACAACGGGUGCGUGUAGGUACGUGUCGCGGCCCUUCAGCAGAGGGACGGAAGGAGCGCACCGUCGUCCGCGUGCCGUGCGAUUUAUUUCCGACCGUAGAGCCGCGUGUGUAUGCGUGCCAGCGGCGUACAUAAUGAUAACAAUAAAUGUAAUGCUUUUUCAGAUAUCGGAUUAUUAUUAACGUGAAAUAUGAACGCCGCCGUCGGUCGAGAAUCGGAAAUAAUCGGUCCGAGGGCCGCUGUUUACGCAAUAACGGCGACAACUGCCGUAUAACGCGUACACCACCGCGACGUUGUUGUUUUUGCUAUCGUUAUUGCCACGUUUAGCAAAAUAUUAUUGUCGUGGCAUAACAAUAGCAAUAAUAAUAAUGUUUGCGCCAUGUUCGGUGUAUAAAGCGAACGCGCACGGCCUAGCGGUGCCGGGCGUCGUACCCUCCGUCGCUGCGCGCGCUCUUCGGACGGCCGCGUGCCGCUGAGAGCGACUUACCAGAGCCCGCGUGCGAUUCUGUUUCUAAGUCCUGGGUGCACCACAACGUCGCCGACGUUGCGGCAGGUCACGAUCGCGUCAACGGCCUGCCCGCCCCGAGUGUCACGGCCCGCACCACCCGCUCGCCCGCCCGUACCUAACUCGACCUUACUUCCCCGGCUUCCUCCCGGGCGCACUUCACAAUCGCCGUCGCCGCCACCCCGCUUCCCCCGGUUUCACGACCCGCCCCCCGCACCUGUCCGGUUUGCCCGCGCGUCGUGCGGCCGCAGUUGUAUAAUACACUCGCGUGUAGGAAAAAAAAAAAAAAAAAAUAAACUAAAUACAAAAAACAAUAAUAGUAUGUGUGCAUAGGUACACUGCAUUAUCGUGUACACCCCUCGGUACCACGGCGCGCGCGUUGUCUUGAUAACUCGUAGUGUAGCUCCGCGCGGUACAAUAACCCCGCGACAGCCGCCGCCGUUGCACCCGGUACACCCAGUGAGUUUGCCGUUCCCCGCCCCGCCGCCAUUGCCAUUGUUUUCCCGUUCCGUCGUCACCGUAAACGGUGUAGAAAACCCACACUCCUCCGUUGUCGUGUUGCGUUUUUACCCGUGGGUAGUCGGAGAAUUUGUACGCGAUCCCGGAAUUUCGAUUUCAAACUUUUGAUCUCCGCGUUUCGUAAACAUAAAAUCCGAAAAUCACGCGCAACACAGGUACCAUAACAUUUCUGAGAAUUCACGACAAAUGGUGAACGGUGAAUUCUGGUAUUACAUUAUAAAUAUUAUACCCGUACAAAAAAAUGGCUUUCGUAAUUUUAAGUUAUCGCGGUUAACGUAACAAUGUAAAUUCGAAAGAGACUAAAAUACAUUGAAGUAUUCGUCUUCUAAUUAACACCGGUGUGUUAAACAAAUAAGUGUAAACCUGCAUGCGCGGCAAUUUUGGCCGUUUUCGAUUUUCGGAAUAUUAGUGAAAUAAUAUGAUUUGUCACAGAGCAAUACAUCCGAUGUUUAAUUGUUGGUUAUAGCGUCGCUUUCGUUAGAGUGAAAAAAAAAAUGUAGAUCUCUCGGUACGUUCCGAAUAUAGAAUUGAACAUUCAAUACUGACACAACUCCUGUGAUGACGAGACUAAUAAUAUUAACUUAGAGAAUUGUUGCUAUUCUACCGAUACCGAUACCGCGAAAGUGCCGAAUGUUGAAUCGUGACGGUCUUGUUCUAAGGGUGCGGGGAAAAUUGAAAAUUGAAUUUCGCGGCAAUCACGAUUAUAGGUAGGUUAGGCUGACCAGUGGCGGUACUAGGACGUUUCUUCGGGAGGAGAGGAUAAUACGAAUAUUUAUUAAACAUACCAAGAAAAAAUGUAACCGUGUAUCUCGCAGUCGCCGCCGUGUAUAAAAAUAAUGCAAACUAAUCCGAUGGAAUAUUUUGAUUAUUUUCAGCGAUUCCUCGUCAAAAUUAAAUAAUGUUUACGAUUUUCAAGAUUGAGCGGAAUAUUUUUUUUAUAUUCUUUUAUCUAUAUCAAGAUAUUUUUUUCUGGUAUACCGGUUUGUCCAAGUUUCCGUUUGAGCAUAGCGUGUAUGUCGUUCGGAUUGGAAAUUCGAAGGAUUGAAAUAAAUUACCGCGAUGUUGGGUGGUGAUCUUUUCUUAGCGGCAGCGACUUGUCUUAGAUUGCCUGAUACGAUACCGUCCUUUAAAAGGAAAGUACACUAUCAUUUUCACUGUAGUUUAGUAUCAUAAGUAUUAAAUAUUCAUAUAUUAGUCGCGGUGAACAUGAAAGACGUCGCAAAAAAAGAAAAAUGUUUAAUAAUAUAUGUAGAGUUAUUUUAAAAUUACACUUUAUUUUUUGUUUUCCAAAUGUGACGUAACGUCAAACAACUCGUCCUUAUUUGAUUUAGCGUAGCUAGAAACGUGUGAAGAAUACGGUUUUACUACGAUGUGUGCUUUUUUCUCUGUUUAAAUAAUUCUUUACCAGAAAUAUUGCUAUAAACUUGCUGAUCAUCGACUUAAGGGUUAAUUUCUGGUAGACAAUUUUAUCUAGUUAAUGUGUGUUUUGUUAAAUUCACCGAAUCGGUCAAAUAUUGAAAAUUAAAUGUAUAGAAAGAUAUUCAGGACGUUUCUUGAUGUAAAGCCUUCAUACGAAAUGAUAUGUACCUAUUUAACGUUUAAACGCUUAUUGACGUCAAAAUGGAAAAGUGACGUGACAUCUAUUUGAAUAUGUACAUUUUACAGGAAAUACUAUGGGAUAUGUAUUUUUAGGUUUAAAACUUAAAAUGCAAACAAAAACCAGAGGUAGAAAAAAAAUCCGAAAAAUCAUUUAGAUCAUUUAGAUCCGAGACUGGUAGUGUACCUUUUGAUAUUUUCGGUUCUGGUUCCGGUUAAUGCCGGUUCUGAAUUCAUUCCAAAUAUUUUUUUUUUUUUUUCAUAUUUUUCAGUAUCUAUGCCAAUAUGCCAAGUACAGUUCUAGUGUGUUUUACUGCUCUUUAUUCAGUACUUAUUAUUAAUGUAGGUACAAAUACACAUUUGGACUAAAAUGAUCAAUAAAUGUUCAAGAUUUCACAAUGAAAUUUAGUUUUUAUUUGAUAAAUAUCCAAUGAAAUAAUAGAUGUAUAAUACUAUUUAUAGGUACAAUUUUUCACUGAGUGAAUUAUAAUGAUCUUGCCUAUAUUUUAUAAUUACAUUUAUUAGAAGAAGAAAAACUAUAUUAAUUAAAUUAAUUUUAUAAAAAUAUAGACAAGAUUUGAUAUAUUAAACACAUUAUUUAAAAAAUAUAUAAAUAAUAAUAUAUAUACAACGAAAUAAACCCAUUUAAAUAUGUUCGAAUAACCGAAACCCUUAUUUUUUAACGAUAAAUACCUGGUCUCAUAAUAAUCACGCUAUUUCGUUUUGAGUGACACAAUUCCGUACAAUAUACCUUUUUACUUACCCAAUUCCGCACAUUUUCAUAAUGCAAACGAUUUUUUUUAUCUGUCUGUAAUGUAACACGUUUCUGCAUAAAAAUGUUUGUGACGUUUAUGAUAAAAAAAUAUACAUAAUAAUAUAAAUAAAUAAAAAAAUUUUAACUAUGUUGGGAGUACAGGAAGUUUUCUUCGUUGAUCAUACAUUGCUUUUCUUACUGAUUUAAUGUCAUGGUAUCUUAUUACCGAUGAUUCUGGAGUUUGGAGUAACUCUGUCCGAAUAAUUUUGAUAGGUUUACUAGAAACUUGUUACUCUUCUCGUCUCCUACAAUUUUUUCCGAGUACUUGUUUUUCUAUUUUGUUAGGAGUAUCAGCCAGAUGAUUAUGAACACCUAUUGAGUCCUAAAAUAUUUUUUUUUCUGAAUUUCAAAAAAUAAACGCAGUACAAUUGUUGUCAGAAGAGCAGCACCACUUUAAAAGUUGAUCGCAUUUACGAACAUUGACAAAUCUAUGUUUAUAACCAUUAACAACAGCUAAUUCCUUAUUUUUCUCUGACACAAUAAUUCGAAUUUUUUAAUUUAUAAAUUCGCAUGGAACAAACUUUAUAAAGAGUAAAUCACAAAGGUAACUGAUGAGUCCCGAUAAAAAAAUAUAAAUUGUAGAAUGUAGACUAUAAUCUGUACUAUAGAUAAGCUAGAAUUUGGUUAAAACCAAAAUAAUAAUUUUAAAAUACAAUUGGUUCAAAACAAAUAAGUUUUGUGCGGAAUCGUGUUGUGAAAAGGUAUAUGCGGAAUCGUGAAUCGCCGAUUUAAAUUCGGUGCCGGUUCGACUUAAUGGUUUUUGGGUUCCAGAACAGGUUUUUUUUUCGGUUUAGUUCGGUUCUAGUCUCCGGUCCAGACACCCCACCGAGUACACAUUUACUAGUUUUCUCAUUCGUUUCGGAAACUGCUUAUAUAAUAUAUCUUUUAAAAAAUGAGGUUUAUUAAAAAAAAAAAAGGUUGUUAUAUCUACUUAAUAAAUAUAGGUUCGCGGAUGCUGAAAGACCUUUAAUUUAAUAUAAUAUUUAUAACAAUACGAUCCAUAAAACUAAAUUUUCACACAAAGUUCCACUUGUAUUAGUCACUGGUCGCACGCAUCGCCGGUCCCAGUCCGUUUUAGUUAUGCUACUACACGCAGAUAAAAUCGUGUGGGGUGUGAACACACAAUAAUAUUUAAAUCGUACGUUUCAAAGUCACCGUAUCUAAAACGUGUACAUCCGAAACGUCCCGCCUAUAUGGUAGCAUGAUUUUCGGGUUUUCGAUUGUAUCCACUAUACAAUUCUAAUUUAUAAAGUUUCUUUUUGCCGUGUUAAAAUCAAAUGCGUCUAAAAACGUAUUCACACAAACCUGUUGCCGGGUCAGUAGGUCAAUUCUAUCGACUUUAUCCGGCACAUUUUGUAAAAUUCAUCCUCUCGUACGGCCGACAUAUCAAUUAUUGAUUACGUCGUUAUCGGCUAUAACCUAUAUAAUAAUAUCCUUUAGCAUCACGUUUGGUGAUAUAUUAUGUAUUAUUGUUAUAACAUUGGUACGCGUUUCAAUUUCGGCCUGUUCGAUUUUAGAACAGUCAUAAUAUUUUAAUAGGUGAUGCAUUAUAAUGUCGAUAAUAAUUCGUGGGUAUUUAAAAUAGUGCGGCACAAUCACGGAACAGGCGAAAACCUUUAAUAAUGUGUACAUUUAAAAUGUUAUCUUCUUGGUGGUACAUAUCUAUAAAUAUAAUAUUAUAUUCUAAUUUUAUGUCGUUCUAAUCCACAAGCCAUUAGAAUCACUUUAACUGGGGACGGGACGUAAAUAAUAAAAAAUUAUAAUAUACUUUUAGCUCUCAUAUACAACGUGUUAUUUUUGAAUUUUGUUAAUAACACCGUGUAUAUUCGUUAGCUACUAGUAUGUUUAACCUAACCGGUAUUAUGCAUUACAUUGCACUAUCGUACUGGCCAGUCGAAUUUUUUUUUUUUAGUUUUAACUACCGGCAUACUAUUUUUAUCAUCAUGUAAUAACAUAUUGGUACACCUACUAUCGUGUAAUAAGUUCAUUAUCACGAAGGCAUAUAAUGCUUAUUUUUAGAUUUCAUAAAUAAUUAGAAAGCUUUAAAAUAUUAAAAAAUAUUGUGUUUUCCUGGAAAACGCAUUUUACUGUACCACGCCGCAGACGGUAAACCAUAUUAUUAAAAUUAUUAAUGAUAAUUUAUCGUGUCACGGUUAUAGAAUAAUGUGAUAUGCUUCAAAAAAAAAAACUACUGGGUUGAUACUGCUGAUGGGUGUGCUACUGUUUUAGGAGGAAGUGGAAAGGGAUUAUGUAUAGAGUAAUUAAAUUUUUAACUGACAAUUCAUUUCUAAUGAAAAAUGAUUCAGAGCAGAGGAUUAUUAGUCGUAUUUUUCCAUUUUUACCAAGGUAAUCCAGAAAUCAACACAAAUUAUACGACAAAUUGUCAGUUUUUCCAUUUUAUAAGAAAAAAAAAUGACCUACGCAAUGCAUUAACUAGAUAAAAAAUGGUACAAAAAGUUCUUUUAAUGUUUUUGGUUGGAGCAAGAUUUCUGAAAGAAAAUUUUUUUUUACCGACGCAAAAUAAUGUAUUUGGGAUAUAAAAAUUGAAAUCUCAUAUAAGGAAAUUGUAUGUACGAUAAGUUUUUUCGCGUGUUGUAUCGAUUGAUUUAGUUUAACAUAGUAUCAUGGUGAUUAUUACACGGGACAAAUUACGAUGGGUUCGGUUUCUUUAAAAUAAUAUUAUAUUAUAUUGUGUGUGUAUAUUUAGAGGAAUGUCAAGGACAUUUGUGCCAUCUUUGUCCGUCGCGUUUCUAUCUCGCCUGCAGGCUGCUGCAGCAAGUUGUGCAUGUUUGCCAAUAAAACAUAAUAUUAUACCUACACCGUAUCGACCUUGUGGCACAGUCAACUCCAUCGAUUUGGCUAUACAAUAAACUACUGAAUUUUACCACUAGAGUUUUAUAGGAUCUUAUUAGGAUAAUUAAGUACUUAUUUGGUAGAUAUUUCAUCUGCAUAAAAUGUGCACGUAUAAGCACUAUAGCCAGUCUAAGAUAAUAUAAUUAUUAAAAAAUGUAUUGUUCGAUAUCUGCAGUAAUAUAAGUGCUAUGGACAACCGUCUAAUUAGUAUUUUUACUUUGUGAAGACAUUUAGUAAAUUCGAUAAUGUGACAUUCGAAUAAAUACUGUAAAUAAACGAAUUUAACUGUAAUAAAACUCACAGCCGUGUAUGUUUUUACCUAAAUCAAUUAAUAAUAAUUUCGUACCGAAAAUAACAGAAUACAAAUAUUUUAAAUCGAUUCACUCUGUAUAAACUACAAUUUAUUUUUCUGUCAAAAUUACGUUAUUUUGAAUCGAAUAACAAAAAAAAAAAAAAACAACCUUGAGAUAUUUUACGUUUUAUUUAAGCUAACUCAAAUUUAAGCGAUCAACAACAUAAUAAUAUAGUCUAAUCGAUAAAUGCGUAAAUAUAUUUUAAAACAGGUUUUUGAUCUUUUUGCAAUUCAUAUUUUUACUACAUAGGUAUGUAGGUGCAUACUUAAAAAAAUGACCCCAUUGUCUUUAGUGGAUUAUGAAGAAAAAAAAAUCUGCUUGUAUAAUUACUUUAAAUCGAUUUGAGUUAGACAAAAAAAUGUACCUGUAGAGACAAAAUUAUACAUUUUAAUUAUUAUUAUUAUUAUACGUAUACUAUUAUUUGUUAAUUCAUUUUUUUAGUUUAUACAAAGUUUAUAAUAAAAUAAUUACAACACAAACAGAUUAGUGAUUACUUAAUUUAAAUGUUAAAUAUUUUACAAUUAUAAUAUAAUGUAUAGAAAUUAAUACAUUUCGAUGGUACUUAAUCCUCUUAAAAUUGAUGACGUUUAAAAAUAUAUCAUGUACAGAAUUAAAAUUAAAAGUUGAUAUAUUAUUAUAUUUGUUUAAAAUUAAGCUUCAGAUAAUAAUACCUACACUUUUACAAUAGUAUAUAAAUACUUAAAAUAUCACGUUCGGGUUUAUUAUAAUAAAAUCAUGUUUUUCUGCGAACAAAAAAUACAAAGCGUACCCUGUACCUAUGUAUAAUAUAAUCGUAUUUAAUACUUGUAUAUUUUAUUCGGGGACAAAUUUAUUCUGACAGAGAUGAAAAGUAUAGGUAUAUCAACUAAAUAUACAUAUACUACGUAGCUCGACAUAAUCGAAUACACCUACCUAUACUCAAUACUCAUGUAUAAUAUAAUUCUAAAAAAAAAGGGUAUAGGGACUAAGAAUUUAUCUAAUUUAAAUAAUUUCGUUCCUUGGUUUUGUUGUUUAAAUCGGUGUAAUGCAUAUUAUGAUACAAAACUCACGUUCGUUUCCAAUUCGCAUAAAUUAUUUUAAUAUUUGAUGAAUAAAUAUAUAUUAUAAUAUUAUUAUCAUUCACCGAAGUUUAAGAUAAAAUACAUUGUUUCUUGUGUUUUUUUUAUGAGGUUGUCAUGGAAAAAAAAAGUGAUCUGAUAUCGGAUUUUAAACUACAUAAUAUAUUAUAUUAUAUAAUAUAUUGUUUUAGUCGAUUUUUAAUAGAGGUCACAGCUGUAUUAGUAAUUGUCGUCGGAUAAUAUCUAUGUAGAAUAUUUGAAUAAUGUCGGACAAUACGAUUUCUAUUGGUUUAAAAAAAUAUUGAAUGAUGUAGGUACGUGUUGCAAUGUCGAAAAAACUCAUACCUCUUAAUUUAAAAGUCGUACCUAUUUCAAUUUGAAAUUAUCUUAUGUGAAAUUAUAUUAUGUGACAUAUUGUGUGAUAAAAACAAAAAUUAACUAGGUAGGUAUCUACAAUAUGUAUUAUUAGUUAUAUAGUUUCGAGGUUGUGAGAUAUAACGUAUUUUUAUUUUUACAAAAUGUAAGUACAAUGCAGAUUAGAGUCGGUUUGAUAAUUUUUUGAUAUUUUUAUAUAAAUAGCAUAACGCAUUAUAGGUUCUGAGAGAAUAGAAGGAUCUAUUUAUUUUGUAUUAUUAUGAUGUGGUUUUUUUUUUUUUAAUUUUCCAUAUUUUGUGCCUGUUUAAACUUUUCUACCAGAAAUUUUACUUCAAUAAAAAUACGAUAAAAGACUUUUUUUAUUGUAUUUUAAAUCUAGUUAGUGCGUCUAAAAUAUAGUUUUUUUGAUUUUCUAAUCGAUUUUAAUAAUAAUAAUUGAGAAAACUGGGAAAAAAACGUAAGAAAAAGCGGACAAAUAUUUACGGCGUAUAAUCGGUUUCAUUAUUUUAAAUCGGUUCGAUUUUUAUUUUCUACGAAAAAUCUUGUACCUAAUUUUAAAAGCAGCAUAUUUCCUGUAAGACAAUUUUAUCUAGUUUGAAUUCUAUGAUUUUUUUUUUGAAUGAUUGGGGAAAACAGGAAAGUUUACCGCAUUAAGGUUUGAUUAUGUUUGAUUUCGAUUAUUUUCGAACCCUAUAAAAAGAAAUUCGGCUAGUUAAAAAGACUUUGGUGUAACUUUAACAAUUACUAAAAUGUCACGUCGGGCCAAUUUGUCAAAAACAAAGCUAGACGGCUUCAGGGUUGUUGUGCUCCACUUUCAUAUUACAUAAAAGAAGCCAUUGAAAAGUUAGAUUGAGUUCAAAAAAAAAAUCUGUUCCCGGAGACAGAGUUUAAUAUUUAGUGCCAAAGUUUGAUCAAACAUCUGAACAACAUGGAAGGUUGCAAAUUCAAAUCUCGUUUCUUGCAAAGAAAAAAAAUCGAAUAUGAAGUACAAAAAUCCCUUUAAUCUUCAGAAAUCGCCCACGAUCAUCGGAUUUUUCACCCCACCAAAGUACUAACUAUCUUCUGUUUGAAAUUUCAAUGAACUUCAACGACUUUAUAACUUGAAUUUUCCGAUUUAGCCGCUACCGCUAUAGAAACACCCAUAAACAAGGUACACCACAAGUAACAAGGUGACCAAUAGCGUCUAUUACUAUCGUUUCGUGUGAACUGGAAGGCCAAACCAUCGUUUGUCCAAGUCAAAUCGUAAGACAUGCACAGAACAAGUAGUAUUUUAUCCCAGUUCAUAACUCCGAGUGUACCCGGUUUUAAUACAAAUUAUAAUUACUUUUUAUAUUUUAUUAACUUGUACUUGUUUUAUAUGGUGUUAUAAUAUGACGUAUAAUACUUUAUGUACAGUAAAAUGUUUCUAUCAAUUCAUAAAAGGAUAACAUAAUACGAGAGACUUAAUUCGUAAAAUAGUAUUUCUAAAUGGUUCAAAUAUGUAUUAAUUAUAAUUUUUAAUAAUGAUACAUAGAAUAAUUUCAACUUUAAUAUUACUUUUAUCGAAAUCGUCUACACGCACAAUAUUUUUAGGUUAUAUUAAUUGCUUCGGUUUUAGUGUAACAUUCAAUUAUAUUUAUUAUUUUUCUAACUGAAAUUGUUUUAAAAAUAUUUUUUAAUUUUAGAAUCGGGAAGACUAUAUUCAUAUACGUCGUUACUAUAAGGUUUUUUUAAAAAAUUGAAAUAAUAUUUUUAACAAUAAAUAAAUUUAAAUAUUACUUGUACAAAGAAGAAUAUUUAAUUAAUUUCUACGAAUUAACACUAGUAUUUUUUUUUUUUUUUUUAUUGAGUUUGAUAAACUCGAUAAAAUGUCUAAUAAUAUUCUGUACACUGUAUUAUAGUAUAAUGAUAUAUUAUAUAUUUUAAUAUUUAUACAAUUCGAACAAUAUAAAAAAAUAACCUACGUACCUCAUAUUAAAAACCAAAAAGUCCAAAAUCCAAGCCCUAAAAUGUAUCUAAUACUUAUGUAUUGUUACCAAACACUUGAAUUUUACACGCGGACUUAUGUCAAUCGAGCUCACGUCAAUUUUUCAAUUUUACUUACAAUACUUAUUGUAUAAUCAGAUGGCUCGGUGCUUAUAAUAUGUUUGUCGUAUAGUUAUAGUUUUGUAUAUUGAAUAUAUAUAUAUUUUGUAUACAGAAUAUUGUAUUCAAAUAUUUCAAUGCUAUAUAUGGAUGUAUAAAAUAAUAUUUCUGCAGCGCUGUAGAGACCCAUUCUAUAUUAUACUAAUACAAAAGCCCUAAAUUCUAUAAUGGUUAUAUGGCUGUUUCUCUCCCUCUCUCUCCCUCUGUUCCUAUCUCCCACCAUAACCAUCUCUCCUUUUCUCUUGCACCAUAUAAUAAUAACAUAAUAUACACCGCGGUGACUAAACAAAAGAUAAUAUUAUACAUUUCUUUAGGGCCAUGUGAAGUCUUGUGAGAGAGUAAACGAGUGAGGGGGAGAGAGCUAGCGUGAGAGAGAGCGAGUGAAUGAGUGAGAGAGAGGAGAAAAACGUGAGAGUCAAUUAGUUCUGGUGCGAUGUUGCCACAUAAUAACCGUGUACACGUUUGACACGGCAACACUGUAGCGGAGAAAAAACCUCGGUCCACUGUGACGUGUUCCUGUGCGUAUGUGCGCUCACGAGGGAGAAGUCGGCGCCCCGUCUACAGUCGUUACUUCGCAGUAUUUGUAGGCUGUCCCAGUGUUUACUAAACGCGUUCAUUCACAUUUUCCACUCUCUAUCACUCUCACUCCUUUCUCUCUCCAUCUCUCUUUCCAUAUUCUAUUUUUCUCUCGGUAUCAACGUUAAUAUGAUAAUAUAUCGAUAAUGUUUAAUGUUAUGUAUCGUUAUGAUAACAAAAGCUCCUAAUUUUUACUAUAACAAUAUAUCUUGAAACAAAAAAAAAUACACUUAGAUAAUAUUAUUUUAUAUUAGAUGAUGCUAAAUAAUUAAUAUAUACGUAAUUACUAUAUUAUGUUAUUAUGACACACCUCCAAUAAUAUAAUAUAAUAUUAUCGUUAAAAAUUUCGUGAAACACUAAUAAUAAUAUAAUAAUAUAUACCUAGAUUUUUUUUUUUUUUUGAUUUUUCGUGUUCGUUGCGGUUAUUCUAACGGUUUUAUCGAUAAAAAAAAAAAUAUUUGACACGGUGUAACACACGUAUUAUAAAUAAUAUGUGUUUAAUUGUACGUACGUAAUCGGAUUCAAAACGAUGUGAAGUGGUUUUUUUUUUUUUACGAUUUUUCCUACCUUUUUUAAACGCAUAUAUGUGGAAUAUCGGUCUAUAUUGGCCGUGGGCGCAGCGUCAUAAAUACAGGCAGAAUCACAAUAUUUCCGGUGAGUGGCACCAAAUUAUGUAUUGAAACUAUAUUUUUGUAAAUAUGUAACUAAUACUCCACAAGUUUUAAUGAUAAUAAUAUAUUUUACAAUUUCAAAAACGUAUUCCCUAGGUGUUAACUAAAAUAGAGUCCUUGCGUUCGUCUUUACUCGGGGGUGGAGUUUAUUGUUCAAAUUCACGAAUAAGUACAAAUGAUAGUUGAGUUCUAUAUUUUAAUCAAUAAUGUGAUAUCCUAGGUUUUGAGUUUUUGUCAUAUUUUACAGCCAUUGACAAUAAAAAUAAUAAUAAUAGUGUAUAUAAUCUAUAUUGGAAAUAAAAACCAUUACUAUAUCCGCAUACUAUAAUUGUUUUAAAACUAGUAUGUACACUUACUUUAUUCGCACGAAAAUAAGCACGUCUUUGGACAAAAAUCACUAUAAAGCUCUCUGUAUAUUGGUGAGGAGUAGUCAAGGCAACACCCACGUAAACGCUCCCUCCUUUCAUCAUCCUGUAAUGCAAUUCCUUUCAGUAUUUACACUGCUAUUAGGAGGGAUGUUAUAAAUAUUUUCCUUUUUUUUUUUUUUUUUUUUAUAUCAGAUUUUAAGCUUUCGUAAAACCACUUUGGAUACCCAUAUAAGUACUUUAUUUUGCCAUACCUCAAUUUAUUUCAUACCGCUGAUAUUAGUAGUUCUUUUGAAUAGUAUAAUUAUAUAUUUAAGUUUAUCAUGUUGGUUACAUAAUAAUAUUAAUUAACAAUCGUGUUUCGGAAAUGUUAAUCGUUUAUCACAAAAAUAAAAAUAGUAUUCUUUUCUUUUUAUUACUUACAAAUUGUAUAUAAUUCGUCCAAUUAAACCGUCUGCUCUUGUUGAUUAUUAUUGUGAUGAACAUUCUAUGGACGAUUUUUGAAAAUUUAAUUUCAAUCCCGGGAAAAUAUCAAGUUUCGUACCGAUUAACGUGACAUAUUUCAUUUUUUAAUAGAGACAAUGACGUUAUUCUUUUAAAUGUGUUCACGAAUUUUUUAUUAUUACUUUUUUAAUACUUAAUAAAAUAUCAAUAACUUAUGAAUACAUUUUUUAAUUAAACACGAGUUAAAGGCCUAUCUCACCGUUACCGCAAGGAACAUAUAUUUUUAUAAACUAUUUACUUAAUAUUAACAGAGAAUAAUAAUAUUGAUUGAGUUUUUUUUUUUUAUUCUCUACGAUUUAAAAUUACUUAUUUAUUCGAAAGUUCGGUGGUAUUUUAGCCUUUAGAUAAAAUAUAUAAUUUUUUUCAAUAUUCGUUUGAAUUUAUUAUUAUAAAAUAUGUAUUACUGUGCAUUUUGUAAUAAAGCUAGCGGCAAAAUUAGGCCGUCGUUUGGUUAUCAAACCAAAUCCGGUAUAUCUACCUACGGUUUUGUUACUCGUAAGUAAUUUUGAUGGUAAAAUCAAACGUAAUAUACCAACUAUUGAAACAAAAAGUAUUUUAGUAUUUUAUUUAUUAAAAUCAUAUUUAACAUUGAUAAUACAUACCGUGCUGCAUUCGAUACAGAAUUAUUAAUUUAACCAUCACUUAUAUUUAUACUUCAAUUAUACUGCAUUAAUCAAGGAAGAACCUAUUCGAGUUGUCGUUUUUUCAGACCUUGACAUCAAAAGUUUAAUUUCGAACGUAUAUAUUUUAUAUAAUUAAAGACCGUUAAAACUAAUUGGAAUGAUGUAUAAUAUAUUGUUAUAAUAGUUCUCAUAUUCAUAAAUAUAUUUUUUCAUUAUCAUUGUAUUACUAUAUAACCACAUAUUAUGAUACCUAUUCUAUAUUUUAAUUUCAGUUCAAAGAAUUGCAUGACAUUAAAAUAAUAUAUAUUAUCGCUGAUUUUAGGCGUGUUAAACUUAUAAAAAAAUAUUAAGUAUCCGUAUAGUCCGUAUCGUAAAGUAUAACAAAAUCCGAAGAAGAGUCUUAAAGUCGAUUAUAUUUUUGUCUUACUCUAAAAUAUUUUCACAUUCAAAAUUGUAACAAUAAUCACAAUUAGUAAACACGUGAUAAAAUAACUUUCCAGUAUAUACGUACACCGUAAUGACAAUAUUACCUUUUGUGUUUAUUCCUCCGCCUCCUUUACUAAGUUUUUUUUUAACUUUUACACAAGCGCGUGUUGCGCUGUCUGUACCUUGACACCAAUCGAGCAUGUUUGAAUAGGUUGACAACCGUAACUGCUGCAGUUGGUCCUUGUAUAAAACGAAACAAAUUAUACUGUAUUUUAAAACGAAAUAUUCAUACUUAAAAACCGUUUGAUUUUAAAUUUUCGUUUUAAAUAUUUGGAAAAAAAAACAGACUAUUAUAUAGUACAGAUAAUAUACGUUUUUAGUCAGCGAUAAAAGUUCACGUAUUAUAGCUGUUUAUAGUUUGAACAGAGUAACUCAAAUGUAUACAAUAAUUAUUAUUAUGUUUUAUUUUCCACGAAAUAAAAAACUACUUGUCUUGCUGAUUUUUUUUUUUAACGUUUCGUAAAGUGUAUUUUUCGACUUUUGUAUUCUCGUGUAAACGCCAAACACUUGUAUGGAGACAGCAACCAUAUUAAAAUUAUUACUAUUUUUUUUUUCCUAAUAUAUUAUGUUUAUUGCUCAAAUGGUUUUUCGAUUGUGCAUUCAUAAUAAUAUGUAUUAUACCUAUGUAGAUUACGUAACACUAAAAUGUAACGUUGUCAUUUUGAAAGUAGCCAAAUCAUAAACAAAAUACCGGCUACUAUAUGUAGUAUAUAGUAUAAUACUACUUGAAAUUAUAUCUAUAUAUUAGAUAUAAUAUGUAUCAUAAAAAAAAAAAAUAAAUAAAUAAAUAUUGCUUAUGUGUGUGCCACUAUUGGGAGUAAGAAUUUGGGAAGGUAUUGGAUACAUAAAGUUGUUUGGUUUAUACAUAUCUGUACGCAACGCUAAAUCGAAAUAGGACUUUGAGCGGAAUUUGGUUAUUUAAGUUUUGAUGCCUUAAUUUUUACGAUUUAAAUUUGAUUUUAAAACAAUUGUAUAAAAAACCGACUACAUAUCGCUCGAUUUUUAAUUUGCUACUAAUUUAUAUCGUGGACCUUGUGUACACUUUUCAAACAGUUUUGUUCCAUCGAAACGAUUUGAAUAGUUUAAAAACUAAAAAUACUUGAAAACGUCAAAUGCUUAAAAAUAACUAACAAAUCUCCAGAAUAUGUUAAAAAUUUUACCACAAUUAAAAAAGUCUAAAAUAAGUAUUCUGUAAAAAUGUCACGUCUCUAAGGUUAUUUUCAAUCGAAUUAUAACAAAAACCCCAAAUCGAAAAUACCUCUCUUUGUCAAUUUUUUGAUUGAAGCAAGAUUUAUUUCUGGUAGAAAAGUUGUACACAAACAAAAAAAAAAGUAAACAGCAUAGUAAAACUAAUACAUUCCUCGCUACGCUCAAAAUCUAAAAUAUAUAUGCUGUCGUUUUUGAAUAUUCGAUUAAGCAUAGUUUAUUUCUGGAAAGCUAAGUAUUCUUGUAAAAUACAACGUUUGAAAUCAUUGUAGGUAUGCUGGUUUUUUUUACUAAAUGCUACACGGUGGGAGAAUGCAUUGCGUUUAUACUGUAAAACCACCAUCACAUUAAUACAGUGAUAUAGUGACACGUGCACAGUGUAAUAUAAUAUUUUAAGCUAAAUCUCGUUUAAAUCUAAUCCUGAUAUUUUAUAAAUUCCCAACGGAUUAUAAUAAUAUACCGUGUUUGUACAGCAUCUUUAAACGGAUCAUUAUUAUACGGGCAAAUAAAUACAUAUCUGUUUUUUAAUAAUAUCCAAGAGUGGAAAUAUUCGAAAAAAUAAUAUAAUUUCUGCAACCAUAUCCCAUUAUUAUAAUGAUGUAUAGUUUACCACCUACUCGGCAUACAGAAAAGGUACCUUUUUUAAAUCGUAUACAUUAUGUGGUAAAUUAGUAUAUAGGAAUGAAGAUGAAAAAAAAAACAUUAAAAAUGCAUAUUCUACAUUGUACAAAUUCAUAUAGGGAUAAAAAUAUUAUACGCGAGUGUUGUUAGACGCGUCUUCGGAAUGGGUCCGACCCGAUCACAUACAAUAUUUUACCCUAAGGUACAGUGAACCCCUUGUCAUGGGAGCCAUAUGGCCGUGUGUAAUGUUCGUAUACGAAUAAACAGGACGCAUUUUUAAGACAUGUGUGUUUGUAGAGAAUAUGUUUAUAUUUUGCUGUCGUUAAAUAUAUAAUAUUAGAUUUUAGUUGAAACAUUUUGAAAAAAAAAAAAUCACGUAAAAAAUUACUUUUUAAAAUCCGGGCGCAACGAGAAAUGUAUUGUGUUGGUUUUAAUAUGCCAUGCGUUUUCAUUUUUCUGUAUGCACACGGCUUUUCUACCGAACAUUAUUUUCCGAUUUUCAAGUUUAGUAUCUUUUCCGAAAGCCACUUUUUGUCAAGUCUGUACAUUAGGAAGGACAUUUGUUGGUAAUUUUCUUAACAAUAUUUACGAAAUAACGGUUUCUAUCAUUUAUAAUUCUUAUGAAAAAUUUAGUUAAAAAUUCCUGACAUUUUCACGGAAUAUUUGCAUUAGCUCUUUCUAGACGUGGUAAGGCUUGGUUAAAACAUUUUGGCGAUUUUUAUUCUAUUUAUAGGAAUUUUAAAUUCUCGAGUCUUUAGUUUUUAUUUGGUUUUAUAGGGAUGAAAUCGUUUAGGCCGAAUAAAAAUGCUCGACAAUUUUACACGAAAUUCGUUACAAGUCCUUUAUGGCAGAAAAAUAAGCUUAACGUAAUGUAGUCGGUUUUUUUUUUUUUUAUAAUCUUUUAAAGUUCAGAUUUUAGUGGAAACCGUAAAAAUCACCGCAUUUCAAAACGCAUUUAAACGAAUUACGCUCGGAAUCGUUUUUCGACAUCAACGAUCGGUCAUUGCUGCAUACGGAUAUGAAUAAAAUAACUUUAUACUGUGUACUAUCUUAUACCCACUCAACUUCGCAUCAAGACAACAGCGGCACGCCCGCAAACCAGUAUCGGCUCUUUUCACGAAAUAUGUCUGUAUAUUUUAAUCCUAUAUAUAUUAACAAUAUUUAUCCCUGCGAAUAUUCUAUGAUACACUUCUGUAAUUCGAAACCGUAAUUUCUGACGCAGUCGUAUUUAUUAUUGUCUGGGUAUUACUCUUUUGAUUCUCGGGGACCAUCGCGCGGUCUGCCGCAGUUCCUAAAACUAGGUCAUCAGCAACCUUCGCCGCUAUUUCGCAGAGUACACCGUUAAACUUAUCGAAUUUGCCCUUCGCGUCUAACUCGUCGUCGGUCAUUUCCGCGGCCUGUGUAUCGAUUUAUUACAUAUUAUAUACAUACUCAAAUCGAAAAAUUAUUAUUGAGGUCAAUGACUGUAUAGUAAUACGCGUGGUAGGGGGUAAAAAUAGUUUUCAAACGGUAAAACGACACGUGAUAGUUCUGUAAAAUAUGUAAACAAUAAUUUGGUUUUAUUGAAGUCGUGUCAUCGAAAAAUACACAACAGUAGUGUGCCCGACAUACACGACGGGUUAAAACGGCUAGUGCCAAAUCCAAAUGUCGCAAACGUUUUUACGCGCGAAUUUUAAUGAAACCAAACGUUUUAAGUAAACUUUAAUAUUUUCGUAUCGUUAACAUUAAAACAUGUGCAUUAUUAUAGGUGCGUAAAAAAAAGGCCCACCGACUUAUAGACAGACCGAAAUAUAAAUCAUAUUUAUAAUUAUAAAUUAUUAAAAAUCAUCCCGACUGACAAUAAUUUAUUUUACGUAUACGUCAAUAGCACUUGUCCGAUUCAAGUUCACUGCAACGACCGAGACACACUCUCGAUGUGCAUUUCCGAUAUCUACGAAAUUGAGUGCAUUUUGGCACAAAGUCGCGUUGCAGUCGUAAUUACACCAACGAAUUAAUUAUAAUUACGUGGGGUACGUCUGCGAUUUGUUGUUGGUUAAGAGGAUGUCAUACCGGCGUGUAUUGUCUCAGUCUUACUACCGCACGACAUAGGCAGAUUGAGUUACUUAAAACAUAAAUUAUGACGUUUAGAUUUGUGUGACGAAAAUGUGUUUAGAAAAAAACUUCCUACAGCUUUCGAAAAUAUUCUCCUAUUAAAGCUUUAUUAUAUGUGUUUAAACACCACAAUUUUACGUACCAAGUAGAAGAGAUAAAACGUCACAAAUCGCAGACUAGAUUGAUCCGGGGUUUUUUUAUAAGAUAGAAAAUAAUAGCUUGGACAAUUUUUUGUUUCAUUAUUGUUAAUCUCGCUAGUAUUAAAAUUAAAAUUAAUUUUUUGUCAUUUGCUCACGAGUAGUGACUGUAUAGUUUUGCUGCAGUACCUAUAUACAUAAUACAAUUCCAUUACACAAUAUCAUCGUUGUCAUCGUCGUCGUCGUCGCCGUUGUGAAAUUUAUUGACGAACCAACUCAACCGUUUUCGCUUUCACGGGACGUUUCUUUCGCUUUCGCGGUUUUUUUUUUUUAAAUUUUUUUUCCACUAUUCUCAUUCCGAGUAACUAUAGUACGUUCAAUAUUAUACCGACGGCCGACACGUCCUCGACGAAGGACGAUGGUACACCGUGACCGCGUAAUAUAUUGACAUCGGCGCGUAAAACCUAAUUUUUUUUUAUAUAUUUUUUUUCUAAACGUUCGCAAACCAUUAUUAUUAUUAUUGUUAUUAUAUAGCUGCAGAACAUUCUAUUUCGCCGAGCGAUAACGUCAUAUUAUUAUUUUGUUAUUGUAACGUUACAAACAAAAUCAAAAAUCGCAAUCGAAUCGACGCGUUGUCAUCGUUCUGUGCCGACCGCGCGCACGUCGGCAUCACGAAACGAAAAUCCCGUAUUUCAUAAAAGAGCCCGUAAAUAAUAAUAAUAAUACUAAUAUUGUAUAAUAUAUUAUAUUAUACGAGUACACGCGGCGAGAAAUGGGUGAAUUCCCCACGUGCGUGUCGCGCGCGUUUUGUUGCCGGGCUCUGGGGCGUGUAACGGUUCGACGCAGUAGGGUGGCGGACGGACCUUCGCGCGAACGCGACGCAUGGAAAAUAUACGCGCACGACCCUUCGCUGCCCCGCGGAAACAGCUGAUGAUGAGAAUAUUUUUACCGCAGAUGCGUCUCCAUUUAAGGUGGGAAAGAACAGCGGCGGCGGCCGUGUCGGUUGCUGCAGGGGGACUGCAGUACGCCGCGCGUGAUUUAAUAUUAUACUAUUAUUAUUGCUCGUAUUAUACCGGGCUCGCAGCCGAAACGCGUUGUAUAUUAUUAUAUAUUAUAUAGUGUUAUAGUAUAGUACGUUUUCAGCAAAAUAAAAUAUCCGUUAUAAUAUAUUCUAGAAUAAUAACGGCCUAUAACGUCUAUUAUAAUGAUGUACUGCGGCCGUUUUCGAACGUUAAUACCCAGCGCCCACCAUGCGUUAUCGUGGUUGCUAUAUCAUAAACAAGGGUAAAAUAGUUAGCGUCCAAUAUUGUCCCAACUCUUAAACGACAGUGUUUUCAAUUGGACGGAGUUGGAAUUUGUUUGUUUUAAACGCGACCGUUUCGUUGUAUUUUUAUCAGCAGCGCUUUCGAUUGUUAUUGUAACGGUUUUUUGUGAACGACGUGUUAUCGUUUUAUUUCAACAUAGGAAAUAUCAUAAACACAAAAUCGCAUUUUUUUCUUUCAUCGCGAUCACUGCGAAUUUGGUCCGAUCCAUUAUUUCGAAGCCGACUCGCUGAACAAUAUUUCGCACUGAACGCGUCCGGCGGUAAACAUAUUUAAUAAGCGUUGAAAAUAUUUCGUUGCAAAUAAUAACGUGUGUUAAAAAAUUUAAAUUUUGUUUCAAGCCAAUAAUAUUAUUAUGAUAAAGGCAGUAAAAAAAAAAAAGCACGAUGUUGGCAAUCCUGUUUGUUAUACGCGGUACUGUAUUAUUACCAUCUCAAUGCGUCUUAUUUUAAGUAUAUAUUAAAAAAAAAAGUUAAUCGUGCCAUUCUUAAAUAUUUUUCAAAUUAACCUUUUAUUUUUUUGCAUAUUAUCUACUGGAUACUAUAUUGUAUGUGCAAUAUACAAUGUUACGAGAAAUCCAUUAAUUUUUUUUUUCGUAUACCUAUACCGUAUUUGACAUUAUCUUUUAUAUAUAUAUAUAUAUAUUUGCAUUGUUAUUGAAUUUGUUUAAUGAAAAGUAAAUUUUGUAACAGCUAUAUCAUAUAUUGUUGGUGUAUUUAGAUAAUAUUUAGGUCACUGAUUCCAUCACCACGGUAAUUUUCCAAUAUACAACUUUUACACGCCACCGUAUAAUAAUAUUAUAUUAUAUUAUUCGUAACUUCCAUUUUAAAAGUCGUAUAUAAAGUAUUUCAUAAUUAACAAACUUGCACAAUUUUCUGAAACUUCUCAUGUCAUAAUAUCAUCAAUUUGCAUAGUUUUUGUCAUAAAUCCCAGUAAAUUUAACAAUGUUUAUCGUUUAUUAGUAUAUUUAAUGAAAGAUUAUAUUGUAGUAAUAAAUAGGUAUUCGUUGGUUAGUUUUCCAAUGCGCCCAAAAAUUAAUUUUCAUUCAAAAGCAAAUUUAAAAGCAGUUCUAUACUUUUACAUAUUAUAUUUUCAGAGCAGUUUUUCAAGCAAUUGUUUGAUUUUUUAAAAUUGCAAAACAUAGUUAAAUUAUUGUAUUAAAUAUUUUCGAUUUGACAUAUACUGUAUGAAACUGAGUAUAUUGAGAAUUCUAAAAAUCGCAAUAAAAUAAACCCGUGAGCAGCAUUGGUGUCGGAAUUUUCCACAGAAUUUCCUUUUGUUAAACAAUACAUAUAACUUAAUACUCUGAUAAUACAAUACUAAUAUGAUACAACUAAAAUACUUAAAAAAAAAAAAAAAAAUGGUGAAAUCUUAUCAUAAAACGCAGUUGAGAUCGGGGUUUAUAGUUAAAACCCCAAAAAGUACAUCUUUGAUACCAACAAUAUGUAUUCAUAACAUUUCAUCCCUACCCGACUUCAUUUUGCAGGGAUGUUUGUAGUUGAAAAAAUUGAAUAAAAUGAAAUUAAUUUUGCAAUUCAACCCAAAACUUGUAUUACUUGAAUAGAAUAACACUAAUUCCCGUGUUAGAGCUUAUUUGGCCCAAAUUGGUCCGUUCAAAGUGUAUUGCGUGUAUCGCAAAUAAAUGUAAUUAUAAUAUGUCUAUAAUGAAUUCACUAACGGACAUCAGUAGGUUGCAUAUAAUGGUCCCUAUUUUCUGUGAAUAUUCUACUAACAAACACAUUUAGCAAAUAAUAUAAUACACUUUUCCUCACUUCAUUUAAAUUAUAUUAGCUUUAGUUUUUAUUAAAAAAAUGAUUUUAUGCCCCAUUCAAUAAUUGUACAUAACUAUAUAGUAAUAAUAAUUUAUAAUAUACAUAACGAAUUGUAUUUUUCUAUUUCCAUGUCUGCUAGGUAUAUUAUUUAAACAAAUUGUUAUAAAAAUAUAGUUCUCUGAAUUUUAUAAUUGGAAAAAUGUAAUUACUUUGUAUUUUUCUUUUUUGCACUUGUAAUGUUAAAAAAAAAUAUAAUUUUAAACCCUUUGUCCGGCGUAUAAAAAGUAUAAAAACGAACAAAGCUAUUCGAAAAUUAAUAUUAUGACGUUUGACUUAUUUUAUAAUAUAUUUUUUCAAAGUAUAUUUUGAUCAUAUAUAAGUAUAUAAUGGACACAAUAGAAAUAUACUGAGUGUACACAAAAGGCCAAUAAUGAAAUGGCUCGUAAUCUAAUCGAGUUGCAGUUCCGGUCAUUGGCCCGGAAAUCGGAACUGGGCUUUUCGAUCAACACACCCGUAGAACGAAUUGGCUUUUAUCAGAAAUAUUGUUAUAAAAUUGUAUUACGCAGUGUCGAUUUGAUGAGAUUCUUUGAAUUCUAGUUUUAAUUUAACUGUAUUAGGUAUAUAAUAUUUUUUAAUAUAUUUAUUGUUACGUAUCCCAUAAUUCAAGCGCGAUUGGAUUUUUCUAGUUUCCUUCACUUACCCACCUACCUACCUAUCCAAUUAUUUAUAAAUUAAUGCAAACGUGAAUGGUGUGAAAUAAUCUAUAUCCAUCAUCACUGCCGCCUGCGCUAUUUAAAUUAUAUUUGUGAUGAUUUUUCUUUUUUUUCAUUUAAACCUGUUUUAUACGUAUAGGUAACGUAUUUUUCUUUCGUGUAGUUUAUAAUAAUAUACUAUACAGCCCAUUGUUGGUUAUAUAGAGAUUCAUUGGUGUUCACAAUGACCAUUAAAUGGGAAAUGUAAAUCAAUGAGUUGUUGUAUAGCACACAACCUUGUUACUAUUAUCAAACAUUUUUCAAUAUCAUUACAAUACCCAACAUUAUAAUAUUCACGGUCAUUCUAGCGGUUACUUACCUACCUAUAAUUUAUCUGUUUUAUGUUAAAUCUUAUUUGAUUUGUUUCUAAAUAGUUUCUGUUAUUUUUUUUAAAAUAUUAUAAUAUCGGUAAUUCGGUUAAAAAUAAUCGUCGAGACCUUCAAUUUUCAUAGAAUCUAUAUUAGUUUUUUCUAGACGUGGCAAACUGCUGAAAACAUUCUGGCAAUUGUUGAGCUAUUUAUAGGCACUUGACAAUGAUUUUAGUUUUUAUUUAGUAAGUAUUAUGUUGAUAAAAUUGAUUGACUAAACAGAAAUGUCUAAAAAUUUAAGACGAAGUCUGUUAUAUGUUUUACUUAAUGGUAAAUGAAAAGUCGAGUAUAAUCUGUUCAUUUUUUUUUUUAAUAUAUAUAAUGGUUUUAAGAUCAAAUUUUGAUGAGAAUCGCCAAAAAAAAAAAAAAUUUCAAAACAUAUAUUAAGUUGUUUUUCGUUAGCAAUGGUUUAUCAUUGCUUAUAGAUAUGAAGCAAUCAUUUUAUAUAUCUUUCUUUCCCAACUUCCCAUCACCUACAAAAGUUGUACAUCCAUUCUUAGUAUUAUCUAUUUAUUUAUUUAUUUAUUGCCUAAUGCCAUCUUUUUUCAUUAAUGGGUUUAAAUGUGCCGCUUUGGAUUUAAUUUAGGAUAAUGUCGUGAAACAAUGGUUGUGAAUUCACAGUGAUUUAACCUAUUUUAUAUGUUUUAUCUUAAUAAAGUUUAGUAUGGUUCCCAUAAAUUUAUUUUAUAAAUUAUUAUUAUUAAUAUCUAUUAGAAAUUUGUAUGAAAAAAUAUUUUUGAAUUUAAGCUCCUACCAAAUAUGGUUUUUUUUCAAACAAAUAAUAUUUAAAACCGUUUUCUUAUUCCUUAUAUACACUACAGUGGCUAAACAUUUUUUUUUUUUCUGUUUACCGUAAAACAUAAGUUGUUUUUGAUGUUCGUUUGACAUUUUUAUUUUACCUAUAAAUACUGUUACAGUAUUUCCCCUUUAGUCAAAAUCAAUAUUUGCGCUAAUAAGUUAUAGAGUCCCCUGUAAUAAAGUCAGGUUUUUUUAUAUCUCGGAGGGGGGUACCGAAAAUAAUUCAUUCUACUCCGCUGAUAAAAUAAACUUUUUUUUCAAUAACCGUUAACAAAUGGGGUAUUUUACAACGCUAAAUCUAUGACAGGGGUUGCAUAUGCUGCUGAUAGGUGUGCCACUAUUUUAUGGAGAAAGAUUGAGGGGAGGAUAUAUAAAGUAAUUUAAUUUAUAUCUGUAUCGCCACGAUAAAUUGUUUCUAACGAAAAACGAUUUCGAGCAGAGCAUUCGUCAUAUCUUUCCCUUGUUUCCAAAGUAACCCUAAAAUCAAUAAAAGUUAUACGAAAAAUUACCAGUAUUUCUUUUGUAAAAAAAAUAUUACUAUGUACUAUAAAAAAAUUACUUUCUCAAUGCAUUGACUAAAGAUAAAAACAAAUUCUACAGCAAAGAACCUUAAAAGUUUUCGAUUUGACCAAAAUGUCUGGUAGAAAAGCUUAAAGACAAAAAAAACCCAUAAUUAUCUGAUUACCGUUUAAAACACUAUAGAGAUAAUAUUAAAUACAAUUUUUUUUUGUUUUAUCGUGUAUGAAUAAUGUAUUUAAUAACAUCAUAUACUUUUACGUUAAAACUCUACGUACUAUUAAAUUAUUAUUACCUAUAUAAUAUUGUGUACACUGUCCGAAGAACAAGUAGCGAACGGGUAGGCGUGUUCCGCUGGUCAUAUGAGUCCCGGCCAUUGGUGGGUAAAGAAGUACUUAACGUCGAAUUGCGGGUGUAUGGGGCUUAUCAGAGGAUGUAUGUAAAUUAAUUUCACAAUUAUUAUUAUUGCUGUGGUAUCUAUAUGUAUACAUUUUUUUUUUAGUAGGAAUAAUAGGGUGGAGGGGAACUAUGUAUACAUUGAAGGACGGUGUUAUAAAAAACAAAAUACAUAUAUAAUAAUAAUAAAAACGACUGGCCAAGGCCAUCGGUGGCGGGAGUACGCGAUAGAAUACGCGAUGUGAUGUCGUCGUCGUCGUUGUUUAAUACUUUUAUACUGACUGCUGCAGCCGUUUGAAGGUUACUAGAGAGGAUCACACGACCACGAUGCGAUUGGCAAGUGUGCAUCCAGGGGGGGAUCGGUGCAAUGGAUCGGGUUAAAAAUGAGGAGGAGAAGGUACCGCGUGUACAAUAUUAUUAUACACGUCGUCUCGUUGUCGUGUGUACGCUAUCCGUGAGAAGCGACUGCGGUCAUUUCUCGUUAUGGAUAAAAAUUAAAUUAGAUGUCUGAAAGAGAGAAGAACAGCAAAAGAGGCAAGACAGUCAGAUGGACGACGAGAGAAUGCCAACAUUGUUAUUACUAUUAUUAUCAUUAUUAUUAUUAUUAUUAUUAUUAUUAUUACUAUUAUUAUUAUUAUUAUUAUUAUUACUAUUAUUGUUAUCGUUUUGAAUUGCGUACCUAUACGAGUAAUAAUAAUGUUGGUAUAAUAAUAAUAUCGUUGAAAACGAUCAUUGCAUACUGCGAUUUUGUUCAGUUGAAUUAUAUUAUAGCCUUGAAUAUUUUCAAGAGGGUGUGCACUAAGGUUUUAUCUGGUCGAAUUACUAUUAUAUUGUUAUCUUUGCCUUGGGUAUAUCGCACGUAAACAAGACUAAAUGCACAAAAAUCUGAUGCACUUUCGUAUCGCAUCGGAUAUUGUAAUACAACACGCGUCCUUUCAAAAUUGUAUAUUGAUUUUUUUAAUCUAUGUAUAUAUAUAUAUAUAUAUAUAAUACAAUUAUAACGAGUUGUGUAUGUGUAUACACAUCAUGUAUCGCUCAAAAACUAUACUGGACGGAUUUGUAAUCCUUCAUCUAUAUGAUAAAUUACCUCCUUAACCACCCCUUUACCGACCGUCGUAACUUUUGUUGCCGUUUCAACCACUAUAAUUACGAAUACCUAUAAUUAAUCGAAUUUACGAAAUUCUUUUUUUAACUAUUUGUUCCAACCCAAAACUUUAUCGAUUAUCUUUAAACGCGUUAAAGAUAAUGAGUUUCAGAAAACACUGAUGUUAAUAAUAUAGUUGAUAUUUUUUAUUUAAUAACGAAAUACGACUAGGUGGGCUUGUCGCCGUUUCCCACCAAAAUAACCGAAAGGAUUGCACUUUUUCUAUACCGAAUGUAUAGGAACGUGUAUUGGUGGAAAAGGCAGAGGUUCGUUUUGGCGGAAACUGGUCUCGCAUUGCACAUAUUCGAUUAUUAAAUUAUCUGUGAUAGAAAUAGCGUAUUAUGUAUUUCCAAUAAACAUAUACAGUAAAUCAUAAAACGUAUUCUAGAUACCUACCUCACUGUGAUUAAUUCAGCAAUAUUAUCAAAUAUAAGUCAAUAAGUUGUAAUAUAUUUAUUAUCUUUUUUCGUUGUGAAACGAACCAGUUGUUGGUACAGUAAAUAAUUAUUAAGUAAUCGGUAUUAACAAGUCUUAUUAUAAUAUUGUUUAUUAAUGCCGUGAGUUUACAAACGAGUUGUGCUUUCCCACCUUUCCUCCGUUGUCUGUGAAAAUAUUUGCUAUGGCUGUAAAAAUGUACUAUAAAGUUUCACGCAUCACUUUAAAACAUAUUAUAUAAUACAGUGUUAGAUAAUUACGACGGUGUGUUAUUUAACGUUAACCGAGUAAUUUGCAAUAUUUUUCUCAUAAAAAUACCGAAGUAGUGCGUUAUUAAUAUUAUUUCUAUUCGGUAAGUAUAUGCAUUACAAAGGUUGUAUAAACUUUGUUUAAAAUGUAUAAUUACUCGUCGAAACUAAUGCGUGUUGUUAAUGAGAGAAAUAAUAAUAGAAAAAAAAAAAAAUUAAAAACCAUACAAAAUUCUGCAGAUAACCUCUAGCAUUACUGACUGCAACAUAAUAUUUUAUAUUAUAAACUGCGAACGAACGGCCAAAGUUUACGACCGGUUGUUAUAAAAUAGGUACCCGUAUUUUUAUAAUAUUCUGGUUUAUUCGUCAUUAUAAUACGCGUAUAAUCGUGAUGAUACACGUUCGCAUUACGAAACAACAAUAAUAUUCUCUUACAAUAAUCGUUAACUAUUAUAAUAUUGUCGAGAGGGUUUUAUGUGAAAAAAUAAUAGUGCCUGUACAAUAGUAGGUACGUAUAAAUAUAAUAUAUUAUGUACUAUAAGUUGAGGAAAACAACAUUUCUGAACUACUACGCUAAUAUAUAGUGUCAAGUGCACGUGACCUUGCCCAGAGACCACGGACGCCCCCUCCGCCCUCCCCCGGCUCCCCGUCCGUCGUGACCCCCCUUCCCGCCCCACAUCGUUUACACUGGGUGACGUGCAUGUUAUGUGCGACGUCCGUCCGCCCGACGCGAUCGCUCUCUAAAAAGGUUUUUUUUUUACAAAUCGGCACACGGAACGACGAUACGGCGGUGGUGGCGUUUCGCAACGGCUUAAUGUCACGCAAUCUAUAAAUAAAUUGCGAAACGCGCGAGCAUCGUCUCGCGUUGUAAACAAUGUAUCCGCGGCUCCGGGUCGUAUUAUAAUAUAGGGAGGUGGGUGAACCGCCAUAAAAUGCAACCGUUGCAAUGUUGCUGUACUCCGUGUGUGUUCCGGUGCGUCGUGUAGGUUAAUAAUAAUAAUAAUAAAAAAAAAAACGACUGCGCGGAAACGCGAUUCGCUCGUAUUUUUACAUUAUGCCGCGGUGACGAUAAAAAUGCAAUGGGACGACGCAGCCGUCGUCGUCGACCAUAACCUUGGACAAUGACGGCGGCGGCGUCGGCGAUUGUAGCAAAAAAAAAAAUAAUAAUAAAAAGAAACGGGCCCCGUGCGAGCGUGUAGGUAUAAUAAUAUAGGCGCAAUAAUAAUACGGGCCAACGGACGGACCCCCGAGCCCGCCGUCGUACUGUACAGCUCUUGCCACCGCCGAUCUCUGAAGUCACCGGGAACGCGGCCAAUCGUUUGCGGUUUCCGCGCUAUUAAUAGCGUUCGAUUUUUUUCGACCCUCCCGCCUGUCACUCCCCCCCCCCCCCCCCCGUAAAUUGUCGCGCGCGUAAGGACGGCAUUUUUUUCACUCUUCCCGGUCGUCCCGUCAAAUUUAUGCCGCGACGCAACAUCGCCCGCAUUUCAACAGUUGUUGUCGUUUUUCGCUCGCCUGCGCAACACGUUAUAAACACACGCGGUCGGUAUAAUAAAACUAUUGGGAUUCAGGGCAUAAUAUUAUUAUCGAAAAUAAUAAAAUUUUUUCGUCCGAAAAGUGAGUGAGGGCGGGGGAAGUAUUCGAUUUUCGUUGCGAACAUUUUUCGUCUCCCGAAAAUGUGGGUAAAAGCCGCGUCACGCAUCACGCCUAUUACUAUUUCCCGGUUUUCCGCCAUUACUCCGGUCGAAAGGGAUUCGGUUUUCCGUACAUUCGGCCCGAGUACAAUAAACAUAUAGGUACUUUCAAACGUACAAUUUCUGCGUAGUUAGAAAAAUUAUAUAGUUUUUGUUUUCAAGAAUAAUAUUAACCGCGUUGCAUUUAAGCAUAAUAUUAUAAUAUGUAGAAAACUUGAUAUGAAACUUUUUCGUUUUCUAUGCAUAAUAUACAUUUAACAUCAUACACACACAUAUUUGUUCAUCAUGUUUUAUAAUUAAGAUAAAUAAUUAUUUACUCGUUUUACGGUUUUUUCAAAGUCUACUUUAAAAAAAAAAAAUUGUGUAGAAUAAUAUUAUAUACUAUUGUGUAAAGGUCGGUACGUCCAUUUAUAAAUAAUUUCACUGUUUAAAAAGAACGUGAUGCUCGUCUACGUCUUAUAAACGUACAUCCAGCAAAUUUGCGUUCAAAAGAGGCAAGUUUGUGCUGUUAAUUUUAAUAUUAGAGCGAAUUCAUCAUCUAUUAUCAAACUCAAAGGUAAGGACAUUAUUCAUGCAGCCAUAUAGAUGUUUUUCGACGUUUUAAAACGAGAUUUAAGCGUUUUUAAAUUAUUAUAAUAAAUUCACGUAUAUACAAGUAUAUUUCGCUUGAAAAUUAAAAUGUCGAAAAACUCGGCUUGGUUGCACAGAUACUGUUUUUACUUUUAAGUUUUAUAAUAAGUCAAUAUUCACUCUGAUAUUAUGAUUAUAGCGGUACAAUGUUGUUCCUGCUUUACGCCUGUACGCGAAUUUACUGUGUCGUAUGAUACAGUCUUACGUGUGUAAGACAGAGACAGCACAUUCCGGUAUCACUUCUUCUUAAGGGUGAGGGCACCUCACUAACAUUAGUUGUCUCCUUCUAUCUCACUAUAUAUAGCUACAAAGGUGUUUCGCGUUUCCGUUAUUGUGACUCUUCGGUUGCGCAGUUUAGCGCAAAAGAGCCCGCAAUACAUUUUUAAGAAGAGUUUUCGCUAUGUGGAUUCUAAGAUUUAUUUUUUCAUAUUUGUAUUUUUAACAAGUUAUUAAAUGGUUAAAACUUAAUUAAAAAACGUUUAUAUAAUAUCUUGAUAAAAUAAAAAAUGAAAAUCAUUCAUAGCAUCUAUUUAGGAAAUAUAACUCUACUUUUUAUAAAAUGUAUAAUGAACAGUGCUUUUUUGCUCUUAACUCGACCGGGGAGUCAAAAUCCCAGAAAUGCAGAAUGCAUUUGUUUGCUACAUAUUACGCGCGAGACAGAUGAAACAAAUUCUUAGGAACGAGACCACUUAUUAAUGUGUUCGGUUUUCAAAACGUACAUAGACUGUUAUUCGUCUUUACGGUCUGUAAAACAGUUUAUGUCAUUAGAAAAAAAAAAAAACAAACAAACCGAGUAAAUACAAUGAGUUUUAAGUAUACAUGGAAAAUCCGAAUAACGUAUAUUUCUUGCGGUCGAGCGCGUACUUAUAUUUAAUUGUUGAUCGCUAAGGUCGAUAAAAAAUAAACAAUAAUAAUAUACGGAAUAUUCAUUAGCUACAUCCGGCGGCGGCGGCGGCGGUCGUAUAGUCUUAAGGUAUUUUAUAAUGUAAAAAAGAAGCGGAAAAAAAACAACGUUAAAGUCGUAACGCACGUUGAACGUUAAAACGGAAUAAUUCAUCCGAGUAGGCGUACAUAUAAUAGGGAUUAAGGAAUAUUAUAUUCAUCUAUAGAAUAAGUGGAUACGCAGUGAAAACUAUUAGAGCGAGGCUAUAUAUACAGGGUGUCCCUCGAAAAUAGACACAUUGUUAUAUCUCCGAAGAUAAUAAAAAUAAUCAAAUUCGGUCGUUUUUUUUAUAUAUAUAUGUACACUAGUCUCGGUUAUAAAAACUACAAAUAUUUCAAUUUAUUUUUUAUUUUUUCUUAAGAAUUUUUUUAUUUAUUAUUUUUAAAAAAUGUUAAGAUCUUUUGAAAGUCAUUUUAUAAAGCUUAUAAUUCUUCUGAACAUUUUAACGUAUCAUUUUUUUUCAAAAAAUUGGUAAUUUUUAAUCAUUUUUUAAGUUCCGAGAAAAAAAGUGUUAAGUCAUUUAACCAUAGUAAUAAUAAUAAAUUAGCGAAUGCGAUGAUAUGCAUAUAAAACUUCAUGCAUAAUUAAAGGUAUUUUUCUCUGAACUUUAAAAAAUUAUUAAAAAUCGCGAAUAUAAUGAAAAUAUAAAGUUGGAACAUGUCAAAAUUUUCAGAAGAGUAAACUCUAUAAAAUGGCUAUCUUCAACUUUUUCAAAAAUAAUAAAAUAAAAAGUUCGAUUUUUAAUUUUUAAUUUUUUACCAAAAAUUUUGUAUUUAAUACCGAUGAUAAAAUUCAUCAUAAUACAAUAAUAAAUUGUCAAUGAAAAUGCACGCAUAUGAAUCACAUUGGCGUGGGCACACAUUACAAUUAUAUGUACGUAAUUCCGAGAAAAUACGAUUCUAAAAUUAUUAUCUACGUGGCCGUUCAUCGUUGUUUUUUCAUCUGACCUCGAAAAUUUAUAAUGCGUGUGACGUUCUUCGAAUUUUUAAAUUUAAAAUAGUGGAAAAAGUAAAAAACGAUGUCUUGUUCAGACUGACUCAUUCGCCGUAGAAUUUUUUAAUAAAGAAAUCUUCUUUCACCGUGCUUUUCGUUUAUGUUGUAAAAUACAAAAAGUCAUUCGAGAGAUGUUAAUUUCAAUAUAAAUCAUUAUAAAAUUGACUUAGUACAUAAAUACGUACUUAUAAAUAGUCACAAAGUGCGUUACAGUUUUAAAAAAAGAUCAAUAUAACUACUCUUUUUAAUUGUUUGUAAAAAUAAAUGUCUUAAUAAAUUAAAAGUUUCUAUUUUAUUAACGGUUUUUUUAGACUCGGACCGAUGUAAGAAACGUAUACUUUUACUAUGAUUUGUUUAAUGUUUUGUAUGUGUUUAAGCAAUUUUUUACCUGAAAUUCUGGCUUCAAUUAGUCUUUUUAAAAAUUUUCUUUUAGCAUCUUUGAUCUGAUUGUUGCAACGGAAAGGUCAUGUUAUACUAUUCCCUGUAGUUUUCUUAAUAAAUUUAAUACCUACCGACAAUUUUUUGCAUAGUUUUUGUUGAUUUCUGAGUAAUCCCUACAGCAAGGGAAAAAAUACUACUAAUAAUACUCAGCUCAGAAGUCAGAAUCGUUUUUCGUUAGCAAUAAUUUAUCGUUGCUUGGAGAUAUAAUUUAUAAUUAUUACUCUACAAUAUUAUAUAUUCUCCUUUCUAACCUUCCUACCAAAAAAGAAAAAUAUAGUGGCACAAUCCCAUCUGUUGAUGGGGUUGAUUUGAAAUAUUAUUUCGCGUGUGCAAUUUUCUCUCGUUUACAACGUUAUCGUUUUUAUAUUGUGACUAAAAUAACCGUUCGAAAUAUGAUUUUCUCAUCCGCCUCGCAAAUUCAUUUUCCCGAAAACCUUAUUCGGUGUAUUAUUAUAUUUCCGUGCAAUAACCAUUUUACAGCGGUAUAUUAUUCGUCAUCGUAAUAUCUAUCGAGUGGCGGCGGCGGCGACUCUCGUUGAUUACUUUUGUUUUUUCCCGGGUGUGUGGGCGGGUAGUGGCGGGAAAUUGAACUCGAGCGAUACGUCUGUUCCCGCCUGCAAGUCGAUAAUAAUAAUAUUAUUUAUUAAUAUAAAAGCACGACGAGGAUAAUAAAUUAUUGUAAACGUCGUCAUCGUGCGUGCGCGUGUGUAACAACGCGGCGCGAGGGGUUCGGUGACGAUCGGGGAGGGACCGAGGGACGGCGACGACGACAACAAAAGAGAUCGAUGACGGCGGUUUUUUCCCCCUUUGCAAAUCCGGACGGUGGGAGGAGGUCGCGUGCCGUGGGAGGGUGCGGAAUUUGAUCGUAGCGGCGGCGGCGGCCACGACUAUCGGACGCGUCACGUCAUCGUAUUGUAUUUCACGUUUCGUGCUCCGGGCGACUGCCGCCGCCGUCGUAAUCCGUCGCGGUGUAGCGGACGGACGCGGGUGCAAUCGCCGCCGUUGGUCGCGGGCUGGAAAACUAGAGCGCAAGCGCCGCCGCCGUGCGGCCGCCCGAUGCGAUAACAUUUCGCGUGUGCUUCUCCGCGCGAGCGUAUAUAUAUACACACACACACACACACACACACACAUACAUAUAUAUAUAUAUAUACGUAGUAUACGUAUCGUAUACAGCAGCAGCAACAGCAACAGGAAUAAAACUGCAACGGUUAACCCAGGUCAGUGAUGACACACUGAAUUUUAACACAUUUGGCCGUUGCCGCGGCCGCCGCAGUGCCGCGCGCCCGCGUACGCACAUUUACGCACACGCCAAUUAAUCUCUUUUUUUUUUUUCUUCUUUCCCCCGCGUACGCGCGCCGCUCGUAUUUUCGCGCGCACGCGUAAUGCCGCGUACAUUAUUAUUACGGCCGAAUAUUACGCGAUUAAUAACUUUACUAUUGUACGAUAAUCCACGAUUGGUAGGUACGCCGUGCGACGGCGGCCGCGGUCGUAUGCAAUAAUAACAAUGAUAAUGCGACGGCGAUUGUUUGCGCGCGUAUCGAUGCACUUUCGACCCGGUUCGCGACGUCGUCUCGUUAUCGCGCUCCGUACGCACUACGAUUGCAUCCAUUUUUUUUUUACCAAAGGCCAUUUGUUUUGUUUUUUUUUUUUUUUUGUUGUUGCUUUUCGCUUAUGAAAUUUCGCUUACACGCCUAUCCUCUUGUAUGCGCCAGUACCUAUAUUGUUUAUAAUAUUAUUAUGUUUCAAUUUAUAUGCCAAAAAAACAAACGCGAAUAAACUCUUUUCGGUCAUCGACCCACAAUCCGACCGAGGACAGUGGCCCGCUGCAGUACUCUCUAGGACAGCAGAUCGCUGGACCAGCCCUGCUCCGAAUCAUAGUAUUAGAAUUAAAAAUCAGAAAAAAUUCCAUUAGAAUUGAUUUUAUACUUUACCCAUUUCGGUGCCUCCUAUACCCGCAACAAUAAUAAUACUCGGUAAUAUAUAAUAUAUAAUAAUUAUAUAUAAUAUAUAAUACACAUAUAUUAUAUUAUAAUACGUAUAUGGUAUAUUGUAUAUGACUGUAACCAAUUGUUUUAUUUUUUGAUAAUUAUUCGCGUACCAUAUUAUUACCGUAUUGUCGACAAUCGUCUUUCGUAUUAAUUCGUUUUGGCGACAGACCGCGAAAUCGUGAUAUUAAGUACUUAUACUAAUAUCAGUAAACACUUUUGUCAGACGGUUUGCUCUUCGGUACCAUCGCGAAAAUUCACUUGUUUACUGCGAUAUCAUGUCGUAUGUGAUAACUAAACAUUUGUACUUAUUUCCGAACAAUAAUUAAAAACUAUAUGCCUUCGAUUACGACUGUGGUACGGGUAAACAAAACCGCUCUCGGCCAAUAUUGUAAUCGAGCGCGGAGCAAACAAUACACGGGCCAAACCUAUUACAGAAAACUGCGUGCCCAAAAACCGCCCGUCAUCAUUAUAAUAAACUCGUAUUUUGUAAAAUAAUUCGUAUUCAGUAAACUACGUUAUAAAUCGGACCUGUAAAUUAGGACCUAUAAUUUACCUAUACUACGAUAUGGGCUACGGGUAGCGCAAUAAAAUUCUAACUCGGCGACUGCCUGGCACGUUGACCUCCGCGCCGUCGCAUACAUAAGUACCUAUAUAAUAUAUUUCAUAUUAUUUAAUUAUCAUAAUUCCACGCUUACCGGUUCAGAAAAAAUUGGUCUUUUUUUAUGUUACACGUAUAUCUAUAUUCGUUUAGAAAAAAAAAAACAGUGUUCAUAAUUAUUCGAAUUGAAAUCGUUUUAUUAUAACGCAUGCGAUUAAAAUCGCGUUUAUUUUCAAAACGGAACAGACCAUACUAGUAAGUAAUACUCAAACGACAAAAUCAAAAUUAAAAAAUAACAGAAAAAAAAACACCAUACAAAUUUAAAUUUCAAUAAUAUUAAUAAAAUAUACCUCUAAUGUGAUUAGAAAAUUAUUGAAAUAUUAUUUAUACAAAGAUUUCGCGUAGGAGAGGAGGGCACUAAUGGUUUUUAUUAAGACCAACUAUUUUUUAGAAUGAUAAAAUACACCUGAAACAACCAAAAUAACCAAUAUAUAUAUUUUGUGGGGGGCACGUGCCCCAAGUGCAUUUUUCUAUUUGAAAAAACAUCCUCAUUGAAAAAUGUUUUUCCACUCCAGUUCCCCAUACAAAAGUUAGGUUAGGUUGGUAUGCCACUGAACACGACUCGGUAAUCAGUAUAUGGGGACUGAAAAUAAAUUAGCUGCACAAACAGUAAAAAGAAAAAAAAAUGGUCACUUAGUUUAUAAUAAGUAACAACUAUAAUCUUGCGCAUUAUCAUUACACUUUGUGUGCUUAAAGUUCUAAUUUGUACGUUAAUAAAACACGUUGACCCAGUUAUUUAUAGAAAACACAAUUACAAAUUGAAUGUAUCACGGUUCUACGAACAUAUAUAAUCAUAUUAAAUUAACGUUAUGGUUUUUUUAUUAUUAUUAUUAUCAUUACUAUUAUAGUUAAACAAAUAACGAUUUUUACUUUUUAAUGAGUUACCACACUGAACAGAUGAAUUACGUAUUCAUUACAUUUUAAUUUCUACAUCUUAUAUUAUAGUUAAUUUUAUUGUAAUCGAACGUUAAUAAUAUUAUAUUAUAUUAUUUCCCAUAUUUGAAUAAGCAUUAAAUAUACAUCAUUUUCUGAAUUAAUGCGAAUUAGUUACGGUUUUUUUUAAUUAUCCAUUAUUUUUCAAAAUAAUAUUACAUUAACGACUUCGAACUUAAAUUGUCAAUACAAUAAAUAUGUAUAUAAAUAGAAUUAAUGUCCAUCUAUCAUGUCAUUGGCGGUUUUCGUUCACUUUCCAGUACAAGCUUAGUCUCAAUAUACUCGUAUAACUAGAUUCAUCAUAAAUUAUUGCCUUAUGUACAUUUUCAAAAUCGCCCCCUCCUCCGGUUAUCUUGUUCUGGAUCCACCCUUGACCGCGGUAUAAUAUUUAUUUGUAGAUAUUUAAUUUGUUUUUCUUAAUUUUCACUCGGUCAUAACCUAAAUAACUCUUUGCGCUACAUGUUCAUUUAUAAUACUAUCAUAGUCAUUAAAAAAAAAAUUAAUACACUCGAAUAAAUGUUAAUUGAUAGAACAUUACACAAAAAUAAAAAACUAAGUAUAAAAUAAUAGGUAUACAAUUUAAUUAAAAGAGUACAUGCUUACUAAUUAAAAAUAAUAAUGAAUUAUGUAACACCUACAUAUUUUAUUUUUUAGUUAGAAUUUUCGAAUAGAUGUAGCUGAUGAUGAUUAUCGAUAACAUAUUUUAAUUACCUAUAUUUAACUACAUAAAAGUAUUAUAAUGAAUUAAAUACUGAAAAUACUAAGAGUAUUGAAAAAUAUAUUGAAAAAAUAUUGAUUCUUUUUGAUUAUAUUUCGAAUAUUAUUAUAUUUUUUUACUAAUCAUAUUAUUGUUUUGUUUGUUUGUUUCAGGUAUGUUGUAUAGUUUGUUAUUUAUUAUUAAUUAUUUAUAUUCGCGAAUAGACAAAGAUUUCAAAACAGAUAAAUAUUAUUAUAAUUGGUAAGCAAAAACGUAGUGUUAAUAUUAUACUUAUAAAUUAAUAUUUAUAUAUUUAGAACUAAUUACACACGAAUUACAAAAAAAUACAAAUAUUAAGUCAUUAUACUUUUACUAUACCGAGUAAAGUGAUAUUUUUUACGACUUGCACUCCAAAAAAAAAAACCAACGAAACGUGAUAGGAAUUAAGCGUAUAAAUUAUUAUAAUUAUUCAUUGUCGUGAAUUGUCCUCGUUAUGUACAUAGGGUCUAUAUUAUAUUAUGUAUGUACUUUCCUGUUUUAAACUCUUAUAUAUGUAUAAUUUUCUUAAAAAGAGUAAUAAUAAAAAAAUAUCGAAAACAAGUCUAGUAUAUGGUACCUCUAGGUAUAGAAAAUAUAAUUAUUGUAUUCUAUUGUUCUUAAAAUACAUUAUUGUAUAUGCUGUUACGUGAACGAAAAGACAAUUAACCUGCUAGUAGGUACCUACAUUGUAUAUAUUAUAAUGUAGUGAUUUUUCAAGACCACAAAAACUACUUAAAUUACCGUCACAAAAUAUACAUGAUGGUUGCCGUGUGUCAGGAAAACCGGCAAAUUUCAGAGAAUUUUAAAACAGUUAGGUAAAUCGGGGAUUGUAUGAUUUGUAUAAUUUAAAUAUAUUUAAAUUAAAAAUUGAAUUUUGAAAAUUGUAUAAUAAUAUCUGGGUAUGUUAAAAUUUAACCCUAUUAUCAGGAACUAAUAGUUUAAAAUCACAACUUGACACAAAGAUAAUUAUCCAGUAUCUACUAUGGAGAUUAUUUUUUAUUACAUACCUUGUGUAUUUCAUAUAAUUCUUGCCACGGGUGUAUUUAUAAUUGUUCAUUUUUGUCGAAUAUUUUUUGAGAUAUUUUUUACCUAUUCAUUUUUUAGAAAUAUCUUAUUAUUAUAUAUUUUUUUAUCAUAGCUGAUAAAUAUGGACAAUUUUUAAAAUUUUUCUGGAAAACGUAAAAAAAGUCAAAAGAAUUAUAAAAAUUCAAAAUUGUAGUUACCUUGAAUAUAUUAUAAUAUAAUAUAUUAUAUAGAUCCCCUACUAUACAGAUUUGUACGCUUUAUUUAAAAUUACCGUUAAGGUUUUUGUAGGUUGUAAUUGAAAUUUGUAAUUUAACUUGUAAGUUGUAUUGUUAUUUAUAUAUAGAUACAAUAUACAUUGGAAAUAGCUUUAACAAUAUAAGAGUAAAAAAAACACUGACCAGCUCGAAAAUAAUAUAACGUAGCCACGUAGGUUAAUUCUACUCUUAAAUUAAUAAUGAAAUUGUAGUUUUUUGUUGGCUUCGCAUAAUAUAGGUAACAGUAAUUUGAUUCUAAAAUUAAAUCUUCUACUACAAUUUUCACUUUCAAAAUUAUAAAAUUGAAACAUUUUUGUUGUUGCGAUAAUAUGUUCGAAAUACUUUUUCGAUGACGUUGUUGUUUUUAUUAUCAUACCGUAGGUAUGUCAACGUUAAUUUUUUUUGUUGUACAUUUACGGUUGAUUAUCGAUCCAUUAUAACGUUCUUCUUAUAUUUAAUGUUUUAUAUAUUUUUAAAUCGACUGUAGGUUAUAAAAUAUCGUCGUUAAAAUUUACAGCAGAUGUUUUAUUUCGUAUGCAACGAAAAUGUUUAAAUUGUUCAUUUUUUGGGGUACAUCUCUGCACCCCCCUCAAUUUGAAAUUUUCAUAUUUAUUAAAGGUAAUCGUUUGUGCACAAUUAUUAGUUUCGGAGUUAUCUAAAAGACAAUUAAGAGGAGGGGGUGUAAAAAAUGGACCUCAUAUUAUCUACAUUUUUAUGUUGACGAUUUCAAACAUAUAGAUUCAAUGAUAUAUAUCUAUCAUUGAAACAAUCGACAUCGUCGUCCGGUUUAUAAUUUUGAGAGACCUCGUCAAUACAUUCGUCGUUCAAUUUAUAUUUUGGAGUUAGAUGAAAUCUGUGAAUCGGACUUAGAAGGAGAGAGCCUACUCUAAUGUUUAAACUAUUGUUAACAAUAUGCUAUUACUACCGAUAUGCUACCGAUUUCGAUAUAAUAUAUAUUAUCUAAACAUAUAAACCUUGUUUGGAUUACAAUAUUGUGGAAAGUGAAUUUUCGCUGUGUAAUGACGGACAGUGUAGGUACACUGCAGCAUAUUACAUGUCAUCAUGGUUAUGUAACAAUAUUCGUUUUUUUUUUCCGACCGUGGAAAAUCGUAUUAUAUUAUUAUUAAUCAGACGAAUAUCAUUAAUUUCAUUAUUUGUUUAAUAUUAAAAAUUUGAAAAGAAAAAAAAAACGUAUUUUCAAAACUUUUGUCUCUUGUUUUCAUCACACUCCCUGCUGGUCUCAUUCUUGUUAUUUAACCGUUGCGUCUUAUUAAAUAACGAUUUUUCCUCCUAACCUCUAUAAGGUAUUUUUAUAAAUUUAAAAUUUGAUAUCGCAUUUCGUAUAAUAUAUUCAAUUCUAUUUCACGUCCCCGAGGGCGCAGUUUUUUUUGUUCCCCUGCAGUGGUCGUGUUAUAAAAAUGAAUCGAUUUGUUUUGUACAAGUUUGGUCUGCGAGUAACGAAUUUAUUGAUCUCUUUUUCACGAUUAACUGAGUACAGUAGUAAUAAUAAUAAUAAUAAUGUGUAAUUUGAGGACACCGCGGUGCUGUUGCGAGACUCGUGACGUGAAUUUGCAGUGCUGCAGCGCAGUGCAACGCGGGUAGCUGCGUCGCAUGUGCAAUAAUGUUAUAGCUUAUAGCCGCUGCAACCCCACGCGCUCUUCUUCCUCGUUCCGGCCUUGGGUUCGGUUAAACUGCCGACAUUGCAUUGCGUGCGACUGCACCGUGUUUGCGUGUAGGUACGUGUGUGUGGGUGUGUGUUUAUGUGCGUGUGUAUCGCGAUGUAAAUUUGCGAUUGUUUGUGUUCGUGUGUAUGUGUGUAGUAUAGGUGCACCCGCGUGCGUGCACGUGACAACAGCAGAGGUCGGUGCAACGCCCAACUUUUUCAUCAAACAAUAAUGUGCAUGCACGCGUUGUGUGCACUGUGCCAUUUCGGUUGUGCAAUGGACCGCAAAGAUGUUAUGCGCGCCGAGGGUCUAGACCAAGGUCGCCGUCGUCACUGUCGUCUCCUCUCUCUCUUUCUCUCUCUCUCUCUCUCUCUCUGUCUGUAUCUCCACAUCCAUCCAUCUAUCCGUUUCUAUCUAGUAUAUAAUAUAUAGGUAUUGUAUAUGUAUACAUGUGUAUGGUAUAUAUAGUAAUCGUCUUAUUAUUAUUAUUACGACAUGAUCAUCAUGCACAUCCAUCCUAUCGUUAAAUAGCCCACACCGGUAUAUAAUAUUAUUAAUAUAUUAUAUAUCAUAUAGGUAUCGAAUUUCCGUUUCGUUUCCUAUAUUGUAAUAAAGAAACAUUAUUCUUGUUUUGAGAUUUUUUUUUUUAUUAUUAUUAUUAUUUUUUUUUUUCAAAAGAUAAACAACGUGUAAAUUAUCCCGUGAAGAGAUUUUUAAUAACAAUAAUAAUACUACGAAAUACGAAGACAGAAAUAUAUACGAAACAAAUUCAACGAUUUUAGAUAAUACGCUGAGGCGAUAACAAAUAUCGAUUCUUAUUUUUUUUUUUUUUUUUUUUUUUAUACGUUAAAGUUUAAAAUGAUAUGUAUUUGUAGUUUGUAAAUCAUAACUGGGACAACGACGACAGUGUAAACAAAAAAUUGCAAUAACUAUGCCGUACGGUUCAUUUGUCAUAUUAUAUCUUUGAAAAUGUAUUUUGUUGGAUUAAUUCAAUGUUUUGAUAAAAUACGCACGUCAUGGUUAAAUGAAAAUAGCGAUAGGGACUACAAAUCCUCCGGGGGUUGACGUUUCAAACUCUUAACCUAGUCGGUACCACGGGAGAGGGGCAACCUCCGUACUGGAUAUAUUAUCUUAUUAUCGUGAAUAGGUGGUUUCAGAUUUAUGGGAGUCGGGAGUUUUUUUUUCAGAAUUGUCUCCAGUUUUGUACAAUUUCAAAAUUUAUUUUGCAUUUUCAUUACCACCAGACUUGACUUUUCCACUUAUCUACUACCCCAUACCCAUUUAAGGGUAAGGCGGAUGGCCGUUUUUAUGAAUGAAUAUGAUCCAAAUAUGUAAGGAAUGGGUUUGAUGGAUUUGGAGAAAAUUUACUAUUAGGUUAUGUCGGAGGUGGUUUUAAAUAUCAUAUUUGUUUUUCAUCCGUCAUAACUCAUAAUAUAUCGAUAGACAAAAAUAUGGUAUAUUUUUCUAUUCAUAAAUUCUUUCUUAUAAUUUAUAAUACAUGCAAUUUUUGGAAUAUAAAAAUCACGUCCAUCGAAAACUGCUAAACUAUAGGCCAAUCCAAAUGCGUUUUCAAAAUUGAAAUCUAUCAUACCCAAACGCUUCAAUUUUAUUUAGCUAUUUGGUCUAAUGCCACAUUUUGUUAAACGACUGAAACCCCCUUAAAAAUCCGUGUAUACAACUUUUAAAAUGUAAGUUACGAUACGAGUUUCUUUAUAGUUUUUUUCUCCGUUCGUAGAAGUUGACUUAUAUUGUAUGCAAUUCUUUUUUUGAGCAAUUUUUAAUUUAUCCAGAUCGGAAUUUGCUUUGAUAUAAAUUAGGACAUAAUUAUUAUUUGUAAUAUCGACUGCAGUUGAUGAUAAAUGAUAAUAGGUAAUAUUUCUUAUUAAAUGAUUAUGUCGGGUUUGUUUACUGAAUUACACACGACAAAUUGACGAUAUUUUUUAAUUUUUUUUUUCUAUGACUUAUGUACAGCAAAAUUAUAAUUCAGUCGUAUAUUGUUGUACUCGUGUAUAAAAUUAUAAUAAUUCAAUGCAACUGUUAUAGAUUUAUCGUUUUAUCAUAUCACCUAUAUUAUACGACGGGUGGCUAUUAAAUAACGAGACUAGUUACGAAAAAGUGUUUUAUUAUAAAAAUUUUUCUACAUUCAAAUGUUCCCCUUCAAUAUACUCCCCUCCCCUCGUCACACGCCGUUUCAUUCGUUUCUUCUAUUGAUCGAAGCAGUGCUGGAAGUCUGUUUUCGUAAGACCAUUCAGGAGUUCCGCCGAUUUUUGUUUCACCUCUUCCAUCGACUCAAACCGGAUUCCUUUUAAGACAGACUUUAUCUUCGAAAACAAGUAAAACUCGCAGGGUGCCAAGUCGGGUGAGUAAGACUCGUGUUCGAGUACUGGAGUGCCUUAAGCGGCCAAAUAACGCUUCACGUUUUAUCCUGGUGCAAGAUCCACGACUUGUUUUUCCACAAUAUCGACCGUUUCUUACGAACUCAUUCGCGCAAUGUUGCCAAAACUGUCAAAUAGUAAUGUUGGUUCACAGUUUGACCCUCUGGAACCCAUUCAGUCAUCACGAUGCCGUUGAUAUCGAAGAAAACGGUUUUGAAUUUGGAUUACGACUGAAUUGGAUUCCGGUGCACUCUCGACCUUCAGAAAAUAAUUUAUGCCACUCAAAAACACGCGCCCGAGAUAGGAAAUCCUCACUAUAGGCCUCUUUUAACAACUUAUAGCACUCAGUUGGAGUUUUUUUUAGUUUAACGAGAAAAUUUUACGUUUAUCCGUUGCUCAUGUCUUUCGUCACACAUCGUUUUCGGCACGAGAAAAAAACACGUUCGUUUCAAACCACUAUUGCACAAAUACUAUAAUAGUGACGAAAACGUGUUUUAGUACGUGUAUAGAUAAGAUAUCUAGAUACCCAACGCAUUACUCGUUUUUUUCACUACCCAUCUAGGGCGCCCUUUAUGCGAGCAGUCUCGUUAUUUAAUAGCCACCCCUUGUAUAGUGUAAAGAUUGUUUAAUUAUAUUGUCGACGUUUUUAUUAAUUUGACAGGUAAAUAAAAAAAAAAAAAACCAUAUUACGUAUUUGUUAAGUUAUAAAACCAUCUAAAGUGAAUUCAGAUCUCUGAUUCAUACUCUUAUAUACAUAUACAGACACAUAUAUAUAUAUAUAUAUUAUAUAUAUAUAUAUAUAAUAAAUAUAUAAAUUUAUAUUUAUAAAUAUAUAAAUAUAUAUAUAUACAUGUUUGUAUGUAUAAAGAUGGAAAAAUUCGAAUGGAUUAAUCCUGAUAAUCAUAGUAUAGCGGUUGACGACCAAAAACAACCGGUUACAAACGAAAACGGCGAUCUAAUCGUGUUGGACAAUGAAAGUGAGUAUAGUAAUAUAAUAUUAUCCAUCAUUAAUCAACGAACAUAUUAUUAAUAUUAUUGUUAUUGUUAUUUGAUAGUCUGGUAUUGUAUUUUUUCUUGAUAAAAUACCUGUGUAAUGUAAAAAAAAAAAAAAAAAAAAAAAAUGUAUAACUGAACAUUUUAAGAACGACAAUAAUAAUAACAAUAAUGGAUCCUAUACGUACGUUUUUUUAGCCGGAAAAUGUAUAGCGGUUCCAAAUUCAGAGGAAGUAUUGGAAAUUUUUGGUUUCGGGUACGCCACGAGCCUUAACGGGUCCGGUCCCGGAUCGCCGAAAGGUUCGUCCGAUCACGACAUUAAACCGAUUGUCCAAGUCGUCGUGACAGGUAAAUAUUUUAGUGUAAACAAAUACAAUUAUAUCCGUUUCAUUAUAAUAAUAUUAUCGUGAUGCAUGUAAAAAUGUAUAUAGCAGCAUAUUAUAUUGUAUAUUAGGAUUGGGAAUGUAAUGCCACAUAAUUCCCGCUCUCCCCCCCCCCCCCCCCCCAAAAAAAAAAAAAAUUAAAAAUAAAAUAAUGCUUUAAUGUCAUAAAAAUUCAAAAUAAUGCUACUAUAAAAUCCACUGAAAAAAUUCAAAACAGUCUGAUAUUGUUGAUGCCUAACCAACCUAACUAAAAACGAUUCUGAUCAGAAUGGUGUAACCUGUUUUUUCCCCUCGUUGCCAAAGUGACCGAAAAAUUAACAAAAAUUAUACAAUAAAUUGCCAGAUUGUCUCAUUUAUUGCGAAAAAUAAAAUAAAAAUGACCUUUUCAUCAGUGUACUUACUAGAUCAAUAAUGCUACGACAAAGUUCUUAUAAAGUUUUUAAUUAAAACAAUAUUUCUGGUAGAAUCGUUGUUUACAGACAUGAAAAAAAAACACAUUAUAGUAAAAUCACGCUUUACUCAGAAUCAACAAUUACUUUGAAGUCAAAAUUAAGUUUUUCAUUCUCAUCAAACAAAUAUAUGAAAAAAUAACAAUUAUUUGUAACAGAAUGAGCGUGGCACAACAAGUUUUGGAAAACAAUGUAAAGUGCAUUGAAAUGUCCUAAUAAUCAUAAUGUUGUAUAUAAGAUGUGCUAUAUUAAUAAUGAUUAACAUAACAAGUUUUUGAGGAUUCUCCGCAGUCUAUACGACCCGGUGUUCCGUCAUUAGCGAUCAUAAAUAGAUUAUUGACGUCUCGUAUAUACCUAUACAGAAGGUCUUGGUCGUUCAUAAUAUAAUAUGUAUAAUACACCUCCACCAUAAAAAUAAUAGAUAAUGUUUUAUUAGACGUGUUCUGGCGAUGCAGUUUUGAGCAACCUUAUUACCGGUUCAGCGAAACAAACCGUUCCGUAUUAUAUAUAGUAUAUAAUACAAAACCUCUUGGCUAUAUUGCGGCCGAAAUGCAAACGUCGCAGCAAACUGUUUACCGAAAACUGCGUUGCCGUAAAUAAAUUAUUAUUAACCCCGUAAAUCUAUUAUCGUUUUGUGUAUAUUCAAAUGCGCAUAAUAAACAAAUAUGUUUGAUGGAAGACCGGAAGGAAGUCGACGAUUUUUUUCGUGUAUAUUGCGUGUGCUCGCAGUGUAUAUGUAUACAUCACGGUGCAAUGCAUUUAACGAGAUAAACUCUUUAAAAGAAAAAAAAAACUCUCCUUAUAUUUUCAAGUGUGUUAUGAUAUCAUUGAAAUAUUGCCAGCUAUUGACGUAGUUUUUAUUUAUUAAAAUGUUCAAACAAUAAAUUACAGUACGCUUCUUACGACUAUAUCGCACUAACCUAACUUAACGCAUAAAAUAUUAUCGUUUAUCGGCGAAAAAUGAUAAAAAUAGACGAUUUGUUGCAACGUCAUAACACCUACUCUAUAAAUCAUACGGAUAUAAAUUUAAAAUAAUAUUCGAAUAAUAAGUACGACUACGUGUUGUUAAGGAUAAAGUGUUCCAUUUAACAUUAUACCUAUUGCAAUAUUGUACGUAUUGUUUUCUAGCGGAAAUAUUAUUCUUUAAUUGCCAUAAUAUAUUCGUUUCCUGUUCAGUAAUCUUUUGUACGUUCAAUGUGAUUAAAAUUAAAAUCCUAAUUUUUAAUUUUCUAUAGUCGGAAACAAAAUAUUCGUCUGAAAAAUAUAUCAAUUUCCGUUUAUAAAUUAGGAAAUUUGAAUUCCGGAAUAAAAUAUAAAAAGAACCGCUUAUACUUAUGACAGGUGUUCUACUGUUCUAGGUGAGUAUGUAGGAUACAUAUUAUUGCACAAUAAUUUAAUUUAAAUCUGUAUGCAACGAUAAAUCAUUACAAACGAAAUACGAUUCUGAGCUAAGUUCGGUUAAACGUCUUUUGAAAUCUCUUGUCUAGAAAAGGCUCAUUUAAGUAACCUGUGAAAAUUUCGAAACUUUUAUCGUCGUAAAUCGUUCCUUCCCAAUUAUUUAGAAAAUUUCAUGCAAUUCGAAUUAGGCGGAGGAAAAUUAGCGACGGAUCUCUGCUGCUUACGGAUGUUUUUUUUCCUGCGUUUAACAAUCAUUUGAACACUUAAAAUAACAUUUGCUAGUUUACGCCACGAUGAAAUUCAUUCUAAUCGUACGUGUUCCAAUACUGUAGUAAAAAUUGUAUGACGCAAUAGUACGAUGAUAAUAAUUCCUAAUAAUAUAACGACAAACAAACAAUACUACGAUGUAUUGCAUUACGAAACCGUAUAAUCUAUUGUAAAAACAUUAGUAUUAUUAUUAAACGCUCAUCGGCAUCCCUAGCUAAAAUACAAAUAUCGCUCUAUAUAAAUAAUUCAUAUAAUGAUUCCCCUUUAAGCUCUCCUUUGAACCAAAUGUUUAAACAUGUCGCACGUAUUCGCGUGUAAACCGAAAAUAAUUAGACGAUUAAAAACAAAACAAAACAAUUAAAUAAAUAAAUGAACGUGAAUAUUUUACGAUUGAAUGUAUUACAGAUUCGGAUCAAUUGUUGUGGAGCAUGCGGACGCCGUGCCAAAAGGAUAUCGAGGCCACGAGGGAAAUGCUAGCGUUAGUCGGUUCGAAAAGGUAUCAGGACAUGUUUAACGAUCAGUGUACGGUAAAAAUUCGGGUCUGGAAACGGAUAUGCGAAGAGCUGAUGUCCAAGGGCUACCGGAUCGCGGACUCCAUAAACGAGGGCGGUAUCAAAUGCCACCAAAAGUGGCGGAACCUGGAGAAGUCGUACCGGAAUUACUUGAUUAGCGCGACGGACCCGAGUAACACGGCGCCGAAGAAACCACCGCCGUAUUUCGAGGCGCUACACGAGAUACUGAAGCGGAAGAAGAAGUACGCGAACGCUUCCGCGUACGCGCACACGCUGAUGAUGGACGAGCAAGACAUAGUCGAUUCGGAAGAGCACGGCAGCGACCACGACGACAGUACCGUGAGGUUCCCGCACCAAGUCAACAACUCCAACCAGAUCGAAAACUACGUGGAAGACGGUGACGGGACGAACGACGACCACUGUUACGUGGUCAACAGUUCGGGUCACGUGUCCAAGCGGUUGAAAGUGGAUCCGUUGGCCGUGUGCACGACCGGCAGCGCCGUGAGCAGCAUUUCCACGACGACGUCGCCCCGAGCCAAGAAUCUCGUCCCGUCAUCGAAGCAGCAGCAGAAUCUGCCGGACGCUCUCGAACACAUACUCGAACAGAUGGUCCGGUUGCACAGAGACACGUUGUCCGUGCACCAGCGGCACUUCAACCGGGUCGAGAAGCUGAUGAAAGAUAACGCUGCGCAAACGCGCCGGCUGGCCGACGUCAUGGGCCAAUUGUUACACAACAGCCGGAUCGAAGAAUCCGGCGGCGGCGGUGCCGACAAGAACAACAAGCCGAGCGCAAUAAACGCGCCGGAACCCGAAUGACCCGGACCGUUGGCCAUCCGUCGCCGUAAUCCGCGCCGUCGUUGAUAAGGCCCUGCCCGGUUUCUCCCGAAAGUCGUACACUUUCCCACCCGCGGUGUUCGUAGACUAAAUACAACAUUAUUUACCAUACUUUGUUAAGUUAGAAUAUAGUACGUAGUCGUUAUAAUAUCUUGCAUAAUACGCCAAAUACUAACAUAUAAAAAGAUUUUAUUUUUUUUUUUUUCGUUUUUCCUUGUAAUUUCUAAGUUGAUACCAUUAUAUAUUACGUUUAUAUUAAUAUUAUAUUCAACGUAUAGGUAGGUAUAUAUUAUUAUGUAUCGUCCACAACUAACCGCGUUUGUAUUUUUAUUAUAUUAUAUACAUUUUUUCCCCACCACCCCGCCAAUUUUUUGUUUGUUGAACGGCCACUAUCGGUUUUCCGUAUUAACCACCGUAUACAUUUUAUAAUAAUCUCUAGCGGCCGCUGCAGUUUUUGAAAAGCGUUUAAUUUUGCGUCGCGACGCCGAUAAAUCCGUGAUAUUGUUUUUGUUUGAAAUGAUGACGUGUUUCUUGUGUACUCACUUUUUUCGAAAUUUUAAUGCAAAUAAAAUAAAAAGGU